AUGUUGCGUGUUUUUGUUAUGUCUGCUCAUUUACAGCUUGAACAGGAAGAUCGCCCUGAUACGUAUGUGACUGGUUCCUUCAGAGGUAAAGCAAUAAUGCAGUUCCACUUGCCUUUGAACAAUUGUAUUCUUGUCAAGGUUAUAAGUAAGUCAUGUUACCAUGGGACGUCUGAAUAUUGUGUUAGCUGCAGAAUUCAGCUUGCUAAGAAUCUCAGUUUGAUUACUUGCAACAAAGAUUCUAGACCUUAAGACUGCAAACACAGGGCCAGCCCACCCACGAGGCAAGGUGAAGUGACUGCCUCUGGCAGCAAGAUUCAUCAGGGCAGGAGAUCCUGAUGUCAAUCUUUCUUCGCUCUUUGUUCCCUCCCCUCCUGGCGGGGAGGGAGGUGCCAUUUUGAGAUCCAGCUCAGGUGUCAAAAUGUAUUGGGCUGGCCUUGUGCAAACAUGUACUGGAAAGUGUGGGGAAACAGCCAGAUAGAAUCCCAGCACCCAGAGAAACAGCUGGGUGACAUCUGGGUGGUAAAAGGUUUGAGGAGAGAUUGUUCAAAUGUGCUGUUUGCAUAAUACAGGGUUUUUUUUAAAACAACAACAACCAACAACCAGCUUUUCUUGUCACACAUCUGGAGUGUGGGAAGGGGCCACAUCUCAGUGGCAGAGCCUAUGCUUUGAAAGCAGUUGGUCUCAGACUCAGUCCCUGGCAUCCCCCAUUUUAAAAAGCUCCAGUAUCAGGUGAAAGGAACAGCCACUGUCAAUCCAUGUGGACAACCCUGAACUAGAUGAACUGAUGGUCUGGCAGCUUUGUGUUUCAUCAAACCUGGGCCCUCCAGGUGUCCAAACUACAAUUUGCUGACUGGGAUUGAUGAGAGUUGUAGUCCUAAACACCUGGAGGACAACAGGUUGAUGAAGGCUGAUGCAAAAGGUAAAAAGGUAAAGGACCCCAGACAGUUAAGUCCUGUCAAAGGCGACUAUGGGGUUGUGGUGCUCAUCUCGCUUUCAGGCCAAGUGUCCACAGACAGCUUUCCGGGUCAUGUGGCCAGCAGGACUAAACUGCUUCUGGUGCAACAGAACACUGUGACGGAAACCAGAGCGCACGGAAACACCAUUUACCUUCCUGCCACAGCAGUACCUAUUUAUCUACUUGCACUGGCGUGCUUUCAAACAGCUAGGUUGGGAGGAGCUGGGACAGAGCAACGGGAGCUCACUCCGUUACAGGGAUUCAAACUGCCAACCUUCCAAUCGGCCACAGCACCACCAGCAUCCCUAUGUGGAGGAACUUAGGAGCAAAAAUGUCAUUUUCAUGUUUAAAACACAGAUUACAUUCAUCUCUGAUUAUUGCUGAUUUACAUGCAAGUGAACUCCCUCUCCCUUGAGCUAGUCAGACUUCUAGAUCUCAUUUGCAAUCCUGCUAGUCCUGUAAAAGGAAGUUUAAAGAGCAUAAGCAAAGCACUGCUUUAAAAAUAAAUUAUGAACCAAUGAUGGCCGCAGCGACAGAAGAUUUUAAACAAUAGUCCCAGAUUGAUCUUUCAUGGUUAGGUUAAGAAGCGGUAUUAAAAAUGACUAUAAUUUCUAGGAUGCUUUUUCUACUUGUCAUUAUAAAGAAUGACAAAGGGCUAUUAUUGAACUGGCAAGAACUACUUUCAAACUUUGUGUGGAAUAAUAAUAAAAAAGCCAGCGUUCCCAUGGCAACCUUUGAAAAAAGCUCUAAUGACGGAGCUGAAGGAGGAAUGAAGUUUCCCAAUAUGGUAGAUUAUUGUCAUAUAAAACUACAUAUCUAAAGGUAAUAGCCCAUGAACUGAAGGUCACAAAGGUAACACCAUGGUACAAGUGUCUAAAGCAGUGUCCAAAUUCUGCUAGCAGUUAUUCCGAGGUAUAGGAAAAAAGAGAGAAGAGGCCAAUAAAUGUUUGAUUAUUGAUUGAUUCAUUGCCAUUCAUAUCCCACCUUUUCCCACAUCUCACACAAAUUGCUCUAUUGCCAAAGUUGGCAUGCGGGUUCCUGAGGUGGCAGAGGCUGCCUUUCUUGAUGCCUGGACACAGGGCACUAUUGUGAAACAAGGUGGUGGACAAAAUGUUGCUUUGGCAUUACUUUGCUAAAUUUCUCACAAACUGCCCUGUCCAUUAAAAAAAAACCAUUUUUUAAAGAAGGUUUUAGCUGAUACUGGAAGCUAGAGACCCAGAAGCAGCUCUUUCUCUGUGCUGGACCCAAAGCUGAACUUUGGGAUUCUUGCUGCUCAGAGAGACUGGGGUGUGCACAACACUACAUUUUUACAAAGUUCCGGGUCUUGUGUGCAUUAUUGUGAGUUGGAAUCCUCGUUGGGUAUAACUUUGUUUCCAUCCUGGGGUCUGCCAAACACUAGGACAGAAUGGGCAGUCUUCAACCAACACAAGGACUUCCACUUUUGCAACAAGACUCAUCUGCCCCAAAUCUGCUCCUGCUCCCUAAAACAGGUUUAGGGGGGACACAGAAGAGAAAACCAGGAGGAAAUCCCACGGUGCUAGUGGAAAUCCGUGUACUGAGUGGACUUGUUAUUCAGAGCUACUCUGAAUACAACCCAAUGCGGCCAGAGGCCAGUCGGCUCCCUGGGAAUGGAUGUGGUUUCUUUCAAAAGAACACAGGGAUGAUCCAUGGACAUGGCUGUUUGUCAGGUGUACUGAGCAAGGAGACCCAUGCUAGUCAUAUUCAUUGACAGAGUGUCCCCCCACCCCUUUAGAUAUUCACAGGGACACCAGAGUUGUGCAGAAGGAACAGAAUCCCGUCUGGAAUGAGGUAAACUCUUUAAUCCUGUUGAUGGCCUCAGUCACUUGUCUGUGGCCACACCAUCCAUUUAAAGUGCUAUAAACUGUCACAGUUUUGCCAAAGAAUUCUGGGAGCUGUAGUUUGUUAAGGGUGCUGAGAGUUCUGAGGGCAUCCCUGUUUCCCCUCCCAGAACUGCCGUUCUCCGUGUGGUUUACCACUCAAUCUUUCUUCAAAAAGAACUCCUGGAAUUGUAGCUCUAUGAGAGGAAUAGGGGUCUCCUAACAGCUACUUUCCAUGAUGCUUCUGAGGAAGCCCUCAACUCCUUGAAGGUAAAAACCAGGAUGCCAUCUUCCCAGACACCAUCUGCUUCUUCCUUCUCACAAGAGAACAGCGGCCAUUAGGGGCAUUGUGCCAAAAAACACGUGUUUUGGGGUGCUGCGCAAGAUCGCAGCCCUGAAAAAAGUGCUUUUUCGGAUGGAAUCACGGCACAAAAUCACACAAGAUCACAGCACCCAAAAUGGCUGCCAUUCUCUUGCAAGACAAAAGGGGAUAUCCCAGUUUUUCUAGGAGACUUGCAGGGGAUGGGCACUUUAUUUUUAUUUUUAUUUUUUUUGCAAAUUAAAUUUUUAUUGAUUUUCAGUAAACAUACAUACAUUCAUAAAUUACACAAAUAUAGGUUGCAUAUUUAACUUAGGCUCUGUCAUGCCUCUGAGUUCCCUCCAUUUCUUUGGUAAGUAUCAAAUAAAAUUCUAAUGUGGCGUACUUUAUAUAUCAUAUUAUCAACUACACGCUGUAAGAGUUAUUCCAACCCUACCAGUGUCUUCAAAGAUUUACAAUUGUUUCUUAUAUACAUCAAAUAUUUACUCCAAUUUUCUUGAAACUUCUGCUCGUCCUGAUCUCUUAAUUUUCCUGAUAGUCUGGCCAGUUCUGCGUAGUCCAUCAUUUUAACCUGCUAGUCCAUUAUAUUCGGUAUUAUGUCUGUUUUCCAAUUCUGAGCUAACAUAUUUCUGGCUGCUGUCGUGGCAUAUAGAAAGAGGUUUUUAUCUUUUUUUUCAAUUUCCUUUCCAAUCAAUCCCAGUAGAAAAGCUUCAGGUCUUUUUGGGAAAGUAUAUUUAAAGAUUUUUUUAAGUUCAUUAUAGAUUAAUUCCCAAAAGCCCUUCACUUUACUACAGGUCCACCACAUAUGGUAGAGGUCACCCUCCACCUCUCCACACUUCCAACAUUUCUUAUUUUUUGUUCUAUACAUCCUUGCUAGCUUUACUGGCGUUAGAUGCCAUCUGUAGAUCAUUUUCCACAAAUUCUCCUUUAAGGCAGUGCAAGCCGUAAAUUUCAUGUUUACAUUCCAUAGUUCUUGCCACACAUCAAAAUCGAUAUUAUGGCCAAAAUCAAUAGCCCAUUUAACCAUGGCUUCCUUUAUCUCUUCGUCUUUCGUAUACCAAUCCAAUAAUAAAUCGUAUGUUUUUGAUAGUACUUUAUUUUUACCUUCUAGAAUAUCGAUAUUGAAUUUAGAUUUCAUAGCACUUUAAAUGUAUGGUGUGAACACGAGCAGACUGGCAGAAAGACUGCCUGGGAGGCCAUGUGCCCUACCCUGCAAAGGACACAUUUGAAGGACUGCCGGCUGCCCUGUUUAAAGCUAAAGAACCUUUAAUGGCUGCCUUAAAAAUGGUAGCACUUCCUGAAAUUUAAUUCCUGUUUUUGAUAACACCAAAGAUAGAGUGUCACCAAAGAUAUUAAAAGAUUGGCAGUACAGAUUUAUAAAAUGUGUUUGGAAUGGGGGGUGGGGACCAAGAGUUGAUUAAAAAAUGAAGCAUAGUUAAAAACAAUGUGGUCUGUUUUUCCCAUCCAUAAACCUACAUUAUGAAGCAGCGAUGCAGAUCUGCGUCCCUCUUCUUUUGUGCAACGUGCAAGUGGGCAUCCCAAAGACUGCUAGUCUGACCAGCAUGGUGGUCUCCCUCACUCAUAAGGGAAAGCAGUUGAACCUUUGGGUGAGCUCUUUCCCAUCACCCAGGAGCAAGUGAUUGUCCCUCUAAGACCACCUGAUUCCCAGAGGGAUGUUGGUUUGUUGUUCAAGCAUCCUAGCAGUAAGCACAGAACCUAGAUUCAGGGAGUUUUUGAUCCAGGCCCCCUGGCACCUGACCAUAGACAAGCAGACCUUCUAGAAAAGGGGUUUUUAUUUAUUCAUUCAUUUAUAUUUAACAAAAUAGAUACUGCAAGCUGCUUGAUUGUAGUAAAACUCUUAACUGAUUUACUCAGAAUAUUAAAAGGAACAAUAAAAACAGUUGAAAAUGCUUAAAGCUAUUAAAACCUAAUAAACAAUAAAAGAAAAUGUUUGGAUAGACUUGCCUAAACAAAGAUGUUUGAAGCAGCCACAAAGAGGAGGCAAGAAAUUCCGAAGUGUGAGUGGUGCCACACUAAAAGAUCAUAAAAUUAAGGAAUGAAUAUUUUGUGGCACAUGUGACAGGGACAGUUCCACAGAUCGCAACUGUUGGGUGGUUGUUCCUGUUUACAUGCUUCAGAGAUCAGAUGCAUCUACCCAGCACUUUGGGAUUAAACUUCUAGAGACCCCAAGGAGCAAGAAUGACUAAUCUAGGAACUCGUAUCAAAAAAAAAAUUAACAAGACAACUCCCGAGGAAAAAACAGAAAUAAAAUAUGUUUUUGCUCAGGCCCAGUAUCAGCAACCAAAAUAAUCAAGCAUCUGCUAAGGACCCAGUAUUAUCAUGAUUAUGAUUAUAAUUAUAAUUCAGAAGGAUUCAUCACCAGCCAGUUCCAACCCAGCCAACCUGUCAGUUUACGCAGCAUAGCACUUUUCCUGCUCACCUCAUUCCACCCCACCCCCUUAAACAAAGAGGUUCUUUAGAGGAUAGCCACAGUAGCAGCAACACCAAGUUGGGCACUACAUUUUGCAGGCAGACACCACAUUUCCAAUACAAACUGAGCAAUGACUCAGCUCCCAUUCAAAACUGGCACAUCAUAAAGGAGCCAGGACCACCCACCCAGGACCAUCUUGUCCAGGGCAAGGUGAGUGACUAGCACCAUCAGCCGCUGACUGCUUUUCUUGCUUUCCCUGCAGACCCUGGUGUGGUAUUUGGAUGGAGAGUUGUUGGACAGCGACCCUUUUGUGACUGUCCACCUCCGAGAGUGGAGCACUAAAGCUGUUGACAGGUGAGCCACCAGAAGAAAGCCAAAAUGGAGCAUCUGGGGGUCAGGGACCAUUCUUGCUUUGCAUACAGCGUUGAAGGACCCGUUUGCAAUGCUAUUCUCUAGCUAAGUCAUGCGUACAGAAAUGCAUGUUCUCGGGUAAAGUAUGCAUAGUAAUGUAUAUAUUAGGGAUAUAACCAAAAAAAUGCAUUAUGCCACGAGAAAUUGUUUUGCAAAAUUGGGCAUAUGAGGCAGAAUUGCAUACAAGCCCGGCCUUGGCUGGGGAGGGCGGGGUAUAUGUGUCUUUUGAGGGGGCGGGGUAUUCAAAUAUGGUAUAUUCUUCUACACAUGCAAAGGUCUAGGGAGCAGUAGGGGGAUUAUCUCUUUUUUUUUUUGCUAAUUGUGUAAACUGGAAUGAAGAUCCAUCUACCUUCAGGGCAAAACUGCAGGUCACAUGAAGUGUACCAUCUAAUGGAACCGUAGUAUUUAGAGACUGCUGUGUUUUUGUUUGUUUGUUUUUGUUUCCUUUUCUUUCCUUUUCCUUCUUUGGAUGUUGCCAUGGCCUUUAGCUAGCACAAUAAAAUCCCAAAAAAAAUUAAAAUACGCAACUUCUAUGAUGGAGAGAAGAAUUGGGAAUGGUGCAUGGGUUGGUGUAUUAACCCCUCCCUCCCCUGCUAAAAUUUUUACAAAUCUUGCCAUCCCCCUGCAGCUACACAUUGCAACAACAGCAGCUUCCUUCCUGGUGCAAGUAAGUCAUGGGCUUUUGUCAGGCAUGUGGCAGAGUUCAAGCCCCUCCAUGCCCACCAUGGCCCCAGUUCUCAUCUGGACAACUGCUGAGUUGUAUAGGGAAGCUUUUUAAGGUUUAAUAUUUUACUAUGUUUUUAUAUAUGCUGGAAGCCACCUAGAGUGGCUGGGGCAACCCAGUCAGAUGGGCAGGGUACAAAUAACAAAUUAUAGUUAUUACAAUACUAAGAAAGAUGUACAAAAGGGUAAACUCCAUGUUUAAUGUCUCAGGUACACACUGCAAUCAAAUUCCAGGGGAUAGUGGGUGGACCUAGCCAGAUGGGUGGGGUAUAAAUAAAUUGUUGUUGUUUAGUCGUUUAGUCGUGUCCGACUCUUCGUGACCCCAUGGACCAGAGCAUGGCAGGCACUUCUGUCUUCCACUGUCUCCCGCAGUUUGGUCAGACUCAUGUUUGCAGCUUCGAGAACACUGUCCAACCAUCUCAUCCUCUGUCGUCCCCUUCUCCUUGUGCCCUCCAUCUUUCCCAACAUCAGGGUCUUUUCCAGGGAGUCUUCUCUUCUCAUGAGGUGGCCAAAGUAUUGGAGCCUCAGCUUCAGGAUCUGUCCUUCCAGUGAGCACUCAGGGCUGAUUUCCUUAAGAAUGGAUACGUUUGAUCUUCUUGCAGUCCAUGGGACUCUCAAGAGUCUCCUCCAGCACCAUAAUUCAAAUAAAUAAAUAAAUAUAAAUAAAUAAAUUAUUUAAAUAAUUUAAAUAAAUAAAUUAUUAUUAUUAUUAUUAUUAUUAUUAUUAUUAUUAUUAUUAAAUUAACAGCUGACUCUAGCAUCUUCUUGACAUUGCCAGGGGAACCUGGCAUGUCACAGCCAUUUACGUGUUACAAAAUAUUUGUAUCUUUGUGGAUGGAUGUGGAUUUUGGUGGGCUGGGAGGUCUGACUCCUGUCUGCUUCCUCCUUUGCCCAACGUGGAACCUUCCAGAUGAUUUGGACUACAACUCACAUCAGCCGCAGGCAGCAUAGGCAGCAUAGAUGCUGUGGGGUUGUAGUCCAAAACAUCUGGGGGGCACCAUGUUGGGAAGGGGGUCUCCUUCUAACACACUGCUAACUUUUGCACUGGCUUUGAAGCUCCUUGACGACUUCCCCUUAUAUCUCCUACUCUAGGAAUUUUGGCUUUGCUAGCAUAGCCCUAGGAGCUGCUUCUGAAAGACCCAGAACUUUGAUCAACAUCAAGAACCUGGCACUGAGGGAUGACAAUCUGAAACCAACUGGGGUAUGCCAGGAAAGGGGAGUCUGUGUGUGAAUGAUGAGGGGAUCUGGGUGUCCAUCUGAGCGGUAGUGAGAGGCAGUGGGCCCAGGACAAGAUUACAUUGAGUUCCCUCUAGAUCAGCCUUCCUCAACCUUCUGCCCUCUAGAUGUUCUGUACUCCAGCACCUAUCAUCCCUGAAUCGGUUAUGUUGACAAGGGCUGAUAGGAAUUCGCUGCACAUCUGGAAGACACCAAAUAGGAAAAUACUGCUCUAGAUUCCUUGAUUUUGAACAAUGCUGAUGUGGGUUGCCUCUCCUCUAGGGUUCCCUGCUGUGGUGUUGCUUUUCCAUAAUUAUUUGGAAGUAGAAUUAACAGGGUGCUUUUAAAUAGCCUUAGAAGGGACCUUUGCUGAAGUGGACUUAUUUAGAAGUUUGUAAACACUGGUCAUGAAGAAGGACAUGGCACUGAAAGAUAGCAUUAGAUUGUCCAGCAAUGCUCUUCCCAUAACUUAAAUCUUCCUAUAAUAUUUACUCACAAGUCUAUUCAGCGACAGUCCAUUCCAUGUUGAUUUAAAAUGUCCUCUUUGUAGGCCCAACUUUUUAAUUGAACAGAAAUGAUUAAAAAGGCCGGAAAGUGCAAAAUGGAUUUAUUUAAAGGCACGGGAGUCCCAAGACACCUCAGUAGCAUUUUGCCAGUCUAUACAGGACAGGACAGUGCUGCAAUUUCUUAUUAUUGCACACACACAAAAACCAUAAAUUGGGUCUAUAAAGGUAGGAUAAUAAUAAUAAUUUAUUAUUUGUACCCCACCCAUCUGGCUGGGUUUCCCCAGCCACUCUGGGCGGCUUCCAUAGAAACCAAAAAUACACUAAAAUAUCACACAUUAAAAACUUCCCUGAACAGGGCUGCCUUAAGAUGUCUUCUGAAUGUCAGGUAGUUGUUUAUCGCUUUGACAUCUGAUGGGAGGGCAUUCCACAGGGCGGAUAAGUAGAAUAAAAACACUGAAAUGCAAUUAUGUGGUGAUGGGAUCUGUAUUAUCCAUAAAUUUAAGUGAGUGAAGGAUGCCAGUCCCAGAGUAAAAGGCUAAAAGCAGUCAUAGACCCAGUUGUGAAAGAGCCUCAGUGCUUGUCAGCCAUCCCAGCAACUUUUCUGGCAAUGGCCAAAAUAGUGACAGGCCGGAGCAAGUGUGGCUGGAGAGAAAGUGCAGAAGGCAGUCUUGCAGAUAAAUCCACAAAAUUAAUAGCCCUCUAAGUAAUUAUAAAGGCAACCGAAACUCACAAUGUGGAAGAUAUUUGAGGCACACCAGCAGCCUGAAAGAAAUUAAGAAGAAGCUGACGUUCAUCUGACGUACAGAAAAUUCUCAUCUGGUUGCCCUGAGAAAACCCUUCCUUACCAUGAGUGAAUAUAGCAGCCUGCAUAGAUAAGCUAAAAUAAUUAUUUCUAAAGGAAAACGUAACAUUCAGAGAAGAAUCCACAAAUAUUUCUUAGGGGGCCUGGUAUCUACAGUGUGGGUGCACACUGGCUAUAGCAGACAUGAGAAGAUAAGGAUUCUUAUAUCCAUACUGUUAAAAACUUGCCCAGUGAUUUCUGCAGUUCAGGCUGUUGGUCUAGGGAUGUGAGCAGGCCAGGCUGCUUUCUUUAGGUUUCAGGUGGGGUUUGCUUGAGAACCCCUUAUUGUUUUCACUUUAGCUGCUUGCAAACUAAUACACAUUCACCUGACUCAACAUUUCAGUGUACCAUCACCGUGAAGAUCUGCUUUUCCCCUGCAGAACCUGCAACAGAUCUGCCAUCAAAAAAACAUGAUUUCAGGAAAUUUAGUAAGUAUGCAGUUGGCUUGGGGAAUGAUGCCUACCUAGUAUUGAUUACCAGCCCACAAGCUUGGGUCCUCAUUCCAUGAUGGGCCUCUAAAUACUGAACCAGAAAGUUCAACUGCCAACCCUGAGAAAGUCAUCAUUUCUAAGAUGAUUUGAUGAAGCAAUGAAAUCUUAACACCUCAUUAGCUUCCUAGGGAAAAUUAUAUUUUCAGUCUAUUUGAUUUUUUUCCUACAAGGUGAGUCUAUUUUGCUUGUGUUUUUAUGUACAAUUGCUGUGCCUUUGUAUUAUUAUUUCUAUCAAUUAUAUUGCUCAAAGAUUAUAUUGCUCACCUUCUUAUGCCCCUUACGGGUCCCACUGACUUUGUCUGUGUUUUUCAUACGUACGUCUGCACAUUUCAUGUGUGUGCAGCAGACUGCGCUGCAAUGUAAGCAACACCACCUUCACUCCUGUGUGUAUUGCCCCAGGAGAUCCCCAGAAGGAAAUAUUUCUCUUUGCCUUUGAUUAAUUCUUGUAUCAUUUCAGAGAUUCUGUGCAUUAUAUUGCUUCAAAUAUUUAGGGGGGAAAGCUAUGGAAACAAUAGACGUUACAGCACUGUUAUUUCUGGUCUUCACCAGUUUGCUGCCCCAUCUUUGCAAAGGAUUCUGAAACGGAAGAACUGGUUCCAAAGGAAACAGAUAUCCAAGAGGCAACGCCAAUGCCCACACCCAAGAAAGUGUUGGUCGACAAGAAGCAAGUCUUUCAGGUAAGGUGGUCCAACUGCUGAGGUCAAAAUGUAGGAACAAUCAUUGUUUUAAGACAUCCUCUGCCAUCCUGAUGCCAUCCAGUUGCAGCCAUACUGGCUGGGACUAAUGGGAGAUCAGGUGCAACAACAUCUGGAUGAUGACUAGUUGGCCUCCGCUGCUAUAAAGUCUCCUCUUUCUAUCUCAACUAUUUUCCCUUGGAUGUAACUCACCAGUAAAGAUGUCAGAGAAUUCCAACAAAAAUGGAAGUGGGACCAUAAAUUGUCAGUGUUCACUUAUUUGUCCCAUAUCUGGGACAUAAAUCAGUCUAGUAAAUACAAUCAGUAUUUGCUUUUGCUUUCAGUCCACCAAUGAUACAUCAUUGAUUAUGUUUCUUCCCCAUUUGCACUACAUAUCCUUUGCAUCAGAAUGAAUAGGGUGUAAUAAUGUAGUGACAAUGCAAUUCAGUUAAUUAAUUAUGUAGAUUACAUUUGUUAUGUAAUUUCACUGCAGUGGAUAGUGAGAGAAGUAAUGCAGGCUUGGGCAGAAGAUGAACUGCAGUGGAACAGUGGAGCGUGUGACAUAUACGUGGCGAACCAGAAAAUGCUGCCUUCUUCCAUUCCUACCCACUGGCUUACAUCCUGGAGUCUGAGCUCCACUAUCCCUUGUCACCUCCACCUCUUUGUUCUCUUAUUUUGGCCCUUUCUCCAAGCAUGUCUCCAUUCUGGGUGUUGCUCACCUGCCUUUUGGCCAUAGACUAUGACAACAGAUCACAGAUGCUUUCAGAGUGUGGCCAACAUGUUGUCUCUCUCAUUCUAGGUGCGAGUUGGAAUAAUAGAGUGCCGGCAGCUGCAAGAAAACAACAUCAAGCCGGUGGUCAAAGUCUCUAUUGGGGAUUACGUGUUCAGGACGAGAAUUAAAUUUGGGAUCAGCCCCUACUACAAUGAGGUUGGUAUUCUGUGAGCUUUCGGGUGGCAUGCACAAACACUGUCCUUGGCUGACAGGGGCUUUCCUGUCUGGGGCUCAAAUGAAAAAGUCAUUGUACAGUAGCAGGAUCUUAGGACUUGAAGGUGCUGGCUUGCUAAGAGGAAGAGAUGCUGUAUUUGGAAAGGCACUAUGAACCACCUGCGUUCUAGAAUGAACACACUAUGAGGCUGUUUGCAGUCAUUUCUGCAAUGUUGGGGAACCUGUGGUCCUCAAGACGUUGCUGGACUCUGUCCCUCGUUAGCCCAAACCAGCAUGGUCUGUGCUCAGAGAUGAUGGGAGAUGUAAUCCAACAACAUCUGGGGGGCAACAUGUUUGCUACCCCUGCUGUAGAGAGUAAGAGGAACAGCUUUCCUCCUAUCUACAAUCCAGCAGCAAUAGCUCAAUAACUAUACAAAUCGAGUGGAGGAAGCCAGUUGGGCAGAGGAAAGCUACUUUCCUGGUCCAAUAUAAGUAAAUGGUGUUAUUGUCCAGACCAUAGUCAACUGCAAUCCAAAGAAAAUGAAAGAGCCUAUAGCUCAUUGGUAAAGCAACAAAGGAAGUGAUCUUAUAUCAAGUCAGCCCAUUGGUCCACCUAGCUCAGUAAUGUCAACACUGACUGGCAGCAGCUCUCCAAUCUUUCCCAUCCAUACCUAGAUAUGCCAGGGAUUGAACCUGGGUUUUUUUGCACUCAUAGCAUUCUCUGUCACUGAGCUUAGGGAUAAAAUAAUAAUAAUAAUAAUAAUAAUAAUAAUAAUAAUAAUAAUUAAUAAAUAAAUAAAUAAAUAAAUAUUUAUACUCUGGGUGGCUUCAAACACACAUUUAAAAUAAAUAAAUAAUAAAACAUCAAACAUUAAUAUUAACAACCUGUUCAUGCAGAUAUCAGAUCCAAACUGGCAUGUUCAGUUAAACAGUUUCCCCCCUCCUCCAUUUAAAUAACAGACAGGAAAAACCCUUUAUUGCCUGGGAUAGUUUGGUUCAGCAUAAGGCAACUACAUUUGUCCAAAAUGAUUAGAUAUAAUUGGUAGACUAACCAAUUAACCUUUAGUCGCUCAAGCAGUUGGGACCAGUUGGAACUGGUGAAAAAUAAACUAUCUUGGGACAUGAGAGUAAAUGCUCACACCUUUGCUUUUGGGGACUGUUUUGAUUCAUCCUGUUCUCACAGUGGCGAACGAGGGAGCAGAACUUGAGCACAAGAGUAGCGCUCUCCCCUCCCAUGGUUUCCAGCAAGUGGCAUUUUGAAGCACUGCUGCCUACAGCUGUGAAGGUGGAAUAAAGCCAUCAUGACUAGGAGCCAUUGACAGCCCUCUCCUCCUCCAUGGAUUUUUCUAAUUCUCUUUUAAAGCCAUCCAAGCUGGUGGCCAUCACUGCCUCCUGGAAAGCAAGCUCCAUGGCUUGACUGAACACAGCAUCUCCUUCUAACAAUAUUCUAUUUUCUUUAUCAGCACGUAAGACAACUGUUUUGGAGGGGAUUCAACAACAUGCAUGAUGCUGGUAUCAUCUUUAUGGUCCUUUUUUGCACCUGCUGAAGACAAGCCUAUUCACCCAGACCUUUUAAAUGACAUACAUUUUACCUCUGGGCCACUCUAUUUAUAAUUGAGUUUUAAAUUAUGCUUCUGUGUUUUGCUUUUCUUGUUGUUUUAUUAGGUUUGUUUUGGUUUGCUUCCUGUGAGUACCCAGAGAACUCCUGUUAUAGUAUAGCUGCAUAAAAGUAGAAACUAUGCAUGAAUGAUUACUCAGGUGGAAAGCCCUUUAAUGGGUUUGAAGCUGUAACAAGGACUUUUCAAUAUUGCCUCUGCUGGAAGGUUGUCAUCUUACUGCAGCCAUAGGCAACCUCGGCCCGCCAGAUAUUUUGGGACUACAAUUCCCAUUAUCCCUGACCACUAGUCCUGUUACCUAGGGAUCAUGGGAGUUGUAGUCCCAAAACAUCUGGUGGGCCGAGGUUGCCUAUGCCUGUCUUACUGCAACCUAGGUACCUCUCUUCUUCAUUCACAUUUGUUUGAUUUUCCUUAGACAUUCGUUCAGACUUUUGAUGAGAGACCUAUGCAACUAUUCGACCAGUUCAUUGACAUCCAGGUGAGAAAGCGACAUCUGGUCCUUCCUUUUCAACAGAAUCCCAUGUCCUCAAGAGCAGCCCGUGUGGUGCUCUCCAAAGGCUGGCAGGCUCCAGCUCCUAGCAGCCCCCAAAGUCUGGCAUGAUAGGAGUUGGAUUCCAGCAACCUCUGGAGGACAAAAGGUUAGACACGUCUUGUGAUUGCAUUACCUUGUGAUUCUUGUAAAGAAGCAGCAAAUUGGGUUGUCGGCAACUGGGGCCACAUUAGCACCAUAAAUUUGAAGCACUAUCGUGUCACUUUAAACAGCCCCAAAGAAUGCUGGGAGCUGUAGUUUGCUAAGGACACUGAGAGUUAUUGGGAGACUCCUGUUCCCCUCACAAAGCUACCAUUCCCAGAGUACUUUAACAAUCAAUCCCUCUUCACAGGGAACUCUGAGAAUCGUAGCUCUGGCAGGCUUCAUUCGGACUCAGGGCUGAUAACCUGGGGAGCAGAACUGGCAAUUUUGUAAAAGAAGAAGCAGACCAGAUGUAAAGUGACUUCUAGUCCGGAAUCUUCAGAGAGUCUUAGUGGAACAAGGAGGCAGAAGGAGCCGUAGCAGAAACUGAGGAGUGGAUACAAGAACAAACAGAGAUUCCCAAGCAUAUAGGAACAAGACCAUCCCACCACCAUCCCCAGCAAGUAGCUAGAACCUUGUCCUCAAUCCACAUCCUCAGCUAAACACUGCAAGGUCCCAGGGUCGUUCAUCGCAGCUUCAAGGAACCUGGCCAGGUGAGAGGUUGCAUGAGCUGCUUCUGAGACGUUGCAUGCCCAUGGACUGUGGGCACUCUUUGCCACUCCCCAGCCACGCUUCCUUCUCACAAGAGGUCACAACACCUAAAAGGCCACAAAUGACUGUUAAGCAACUAGGUUGUUCCACUCAGAGUAGACCCAUUGGAAUUCCUUCACUUGUUAGGCCACAUUCGCACCAUACAUUUAAAGCACUACAAUACCACUUUAAACAGUCCUGACUUUCCCCAAAGGAUUCUGGGAGCUGUACUUUAUUAAGGGUGCUAUUAAGGAGGCCCCUCUCCCCUUCACAGAGCUAUAAUUCCCAGAUUUCCCUGUGAAGAGGGAUUGUUAAACCACUGUAGGAACCGAACUUUAGGAGGGGAAUGGGGGUCUCCUAACAACUCUUGGCACUCUUAACAAACUACAGCUCCCAGAAUCCUUUGGGGGAAGCCAGGACUGUUUAAAGUGGUAUCAUAGCACUUCAUGAUGUGGAUGUGGGCUGAGAGAGCUAGCAGGGCAAAAGGAGGAGACACCCAUUCCUGGGACUGAGGCCUAAGAAGAAGCCAUCAGGCAGGGGAACCAGAAAUAAGGAUAGAAAACCAACACACUAUUGCCCAGGUGAAGUCCAAGCUUGACCCUGACACUUUUUGUUAGCUCUUUCAAGUCAGGAACAUAGGAAGUUGUCUUGUAUCAAAUCAGGCUGCUGGUGUAUUUGUUAUACACUGGCUGGCAGCAGCUCUCCAGGGUUUCAAACAGAUGUCUUUCUCAUCUUUACCUGGAGUUUCCUGAACCUGGGACUUUCAGCAGGCAAAGCAGGUAGUCUCCCUCUGGACUGUGGCCCUUUCCCCGCCUAGCCUGACGGUAGGCAAGUGUGGUGUGUACACCAGAAGAAGUGGUGUGGGCUGGUGGCUCUUGAGUCACCUUCCUCCAGCUCCCAUUGAUUAUGUUUUCCAUUCUUCCACACCCUCUGCGCAGACAGUGUGUUGUUCCUGGGUUGCCUGUUUUGCAUUCUAAACCCUUAAAUCUAUUCCUUUUCCUCGAAGAUACAAAAGAAGCCCCAAUGCAAGUGGCAAAAGGAUAACGCAGCUGCUAAUUGUAUCUCACUUAGACUAGGGGCAACCCAUGUGGUGUGGUGCCCUCCAUAUGUUUUGGGUGAAGGUGCAUCGCCCAGUCCAGUACCAGCAGCGUAUUCAGGACACCCCAUUAGAGGGUGGAAGUCUCUGUCCAGAAGCCAAGCAUGGGGCAGGCGGGCCUUAGAGCUUCCAGCAAAUGGCCUUAGCGUGGCCACCUCAGUAGCUUGGUGUCUUGGAGAGGCCAAAGUCCUUGGCAUAACCCUGAAAAUGUUUCAGCCCUCCAGCAGGAGGCUAAAACAAAUAUAUAGUACACCCGAUGCCUGAGCCAAAAUUCCACCUACUUCUGUAAAGUUGUGGCCAUUUUUAAUCCAGAUUGUUGUCUGGUUGAGUUUAUUUUAUCACUCCUUAUUUUAGUCACUGCCUGGGGGAGAGUGGAGUUGCGACUGAGGCCACAAUUGCCUCUUACUCAGACCAGACACAACCAAUGUGGUGGGGGCCCCUCCACAUAUAGUAUUUUGGAGUUCAGCUCCCAUCAGCCCCGGCAUGGCAAUUUCAGUGAUCAAGGAUGAUGGAAAUUGUAGUCCUCAACAUCUGGAGGCACUGCAUUGCCAACCCCUAUACUAGGCAGACAAGGCAGCUUUGUGGGAGGGGAGGGGAAUUUAUGUGUGUUUCUUUUUUUAGGUGCUGAACUCCAAGGCAAUACGGGCCGAUUCCCUCAUUGGGGUCUUCAGGGUGAGCAGAUGCAAUUUUGGCUGAUAUCUACAGAGAGGCAGAAAUCAAGAGGUGCCUCCCUGCUGGUGAUGCUCAGUGGGCCUGAACUCAGGACUGGGCCUUGAGCUGCUCUGGGCUGGCCCCCUAGACAAGGGAAAGAGUCUUUUUUAGAAGUUCUGAUCUCUCAGCCAAGCUUUUGACAUUCAUUCAUUCAUUGUUUGUUUGUUGUUUUACCACUGGUAGCACUCAACAUCUGGCAACAUCCAACACUUAAACAGGCUCUAUUUAUGGCAGCUAAUUACAUUAGAGCAACAACUACUAAAUGCAAUGUUAUAUUAGGGUAUUGUUUGCCUAUAAAGGCAUACAUCAGUGAAAAUGCCAUACAAAAAUGCAUUACCAUAGGGGAGUGUGCUUGCAAACAUGUCUAUAUUUGUCAAAACUGCAUUUAAGAAUUAGGGGAAAUUCACACUAAGGAAACCAAAUUGCUGCAGAAAUGUGAAAAACUGAAUUUAAGAUUGGAAAAAGGAGAAACUUAGAAAACCAGAAUUUGUAAAUCCCUAGUCCCAGCUCAUACCUUGGGUUGGUUUCCUUGGAGUGAAGACCACGGAAGGCUGAUGGUGAUUUCUGUGGUAGAAGGUUUAUAAACACAGGCUGAGCAUGUUCUGGAAGGUUUACAGCAUUAAUCUUCCAGCUGAUUAUCUCUUCCUCCUACUUUAGGUUCCUGGGGUGGGUCACCAAAGCCGUAGCUUUGGAUUCUUGCAAAGAGCAAGUCAGGCCUCUGUGUCUCUUCUGCAGCUCCAGCCCCUAGACGGCCAUUCUCCUGUGUCCUUUUCCACACAGAGAUAUCUUGAAGACAUCCCCUUUAGCCAGGGAGAGGGAGGGAGACACACCCUCUUCCACUGACCACCCAGAAGAGCCUCCAGACAACACAUUAGCAUACAUUACAAUACAGAUACUUAAUAGACCUGCCUAUGCUAUUUCCUUAAUAAAGAAGCAUUUGACCAUUUUAGCAAUCUCCCCUAUUCCUGUGGAACCCCAUUUUAGUUAUAAAAUCACAGGAUUGGAAGGGAACCCCACCUCCCGCAAAAAGGAAAAACCACCACAAUUUAGUCUAACCACAAACUCUUUGCAAUAUUCUGAAUUGCCCUGAAAUUUUCCCACAGCUCAAUUUUUUCUUUCCUUGACAAUUCCUGUAACUCCUUCUGUUUUUCUCUCUCUGCAGAUUGAGAUCGGGCUUGUGUAUGAAUCUCCAGGUACUUUUGUCUAGAGCCAGUGGCGAGUUUGAGGGCUCUUGGGAGGCAGGGUGUCCAAGACCCUUCAGCCACUGUUCCCUUCCUCCGCCCUCCACUGGGCUUUGUGCUCCAUCCUCACAUCACAAGCUCCAUGGAUGUUUUUGGUGUUAGAUCCUGUUAAUUGUCCUACUGGUUGUUUUGUGCUAAUAUGCUUUUUAUAUUGUAGUGCAUUAUAUUUGUAUUACAUAUUACAGCUGUUGUGCUACUACUAUAUUUAAAUUGCCUAUUUUCUAUGUAUAUUUGUGGGAAAUGAAAUGUAAACCGGCUAUUGUAGGACAUGGGAUGGUAUUACUACGCUAUAGAGCCCGUCAGAUUUGAGUAUAUGGUGAUGGCAAUUGAAGGCAAUUGAGAGUGAGAGCUAGUGAGGCAAUGUAAGCAAUCAGAUUAACCUUUUCACAAGGAGUGCCUAAAAGAAUUGGAAAAGGAAGCCCUCAUCAACAGGGCCAAAACCAUUCAUGGAAACUUGUGAAAAGUUUCAGCUCAGACCUCAGAUUUAGGGCUUGACAGCUUAUAUUACCUACAGAGUAAGGAAAGAGGGACUCUGACCAGGUCACAGAGUUUUAUAUUGACAUUUGACAGAAAGGAAGCAUCCUUGUGAUACUGUUACUCAUAGCAACUCCCCUGCGAGGACUUUUUAGUUAGGAGAAAAGGUGAGCAAGAGGUGAAAUGACAGAGGUGUCUAAAAUGAUGCCUGGCCUGGAGAAAGUGGACAGAGAAACGUUUUUCUCCCUCUCUCAUAACACCUGAACUCAUGAACAAUCAAUGAUGUUGGAAGAUUCAGGACAGAUAAAAGAAAGCCCUUCUUCACAAAGCAGUUAAACAGUUAAAAUAUUGAACUGUGGAACUCACUCCCGCAGGAGGCAGUGAUGGCCGCCAUUGAGGAUGGCUUUAAAAAAGGAUGCGGCAAAUCCAUGGAGGAGAAGGCAAUCAAUGGCUGCUGGCCAUGAUGACUAUGCUCUGCCUCCAUGGCUGGAGGCAGCAAGGCCUCUGAAGACCCGCUGCUGGAAACCCCGGGGGAGAGAGGGCUCUCGGGCUCGGGUCCUGCUUGCAGGUUUCCCACAGGGAUCUGGCAGGCCCUGGUGAGAACAGGAUUCUGGCCAAGCCUGAUCCGGCAGGAUCUUCUAAUGUUUUUAAAAUGAAUGUCUAUCCACAAUUAGAUGGCACUUCUGGAUGGUGUGAAUGUUGGCUCUUGUUCUUUUCCCUAGGUCAUGCUCUGAUGGGCAAAUGGCUGAGCCUCUAUGACCCAGCUAAUCUCAAUGCCGGACUAAGGGGCUAUGUGAAAGUUAACCUCUGUGUCCUUGGAGCUGGAGAUCAGGCGCCGGUAAAAAUCUUUACAUUACAACAUCUUCACCACCUCAACAGAGGCUUGUCACGGGCAUUCAAGUUCAUGUGAUGCCAUUGGCAGCUAUUAAAAUGAUGGGGUGCCUUGUUUGGAUAAUGGAAUAAAGCAUCAUUUUUCAAGACUGGUAGGUCAGACGCCAACUUGCUAAACAGUUUAGUAGAGCAGGACAGGCUGACUAGACAAGCAGAACUCUUGGUGGCCUUGUACCAGCAGCCUAAAUAGGAAGAACUUGGGAUUUUAGCAGCAACAUUCUUAAGAAGAUAAAUAUUAUCUAUACCUGGGUCCUGCUACAGGAUGCCAACAGCAGCUCAGUUGAUAGCUCAGUUAGUUAGAGUGUAGUGUUGAGAACAUCAAGGUUGCGGGUUCAGUAAGGGACAGCUGCAUAUUCCUGAACUAGAUGAUCCUCAGGAUCCGUUCCAACUAUGAUUCUAUGAUUCUACUAUGUGGGGUGCCCACCCAAAUUCCUAUGCCAGACUGGGAUGGUGGAUAUGGAGUGUUAGACUUAUUCCUGUGGGGAACAAGGUUCAAACUCCUAUUUUGCCCUGAAGCUCAGUGGGUGAGUGGGGUCCAGUUGCUCCAUCUUGACCUUACCACCUGUCUCGAUUUGCACCUGCCCCUACAUUAAGAACCUCACAGGAAAGCUGCUUGGGGUUCCCCCACUAUCUAAAGGGCCUUUUGGGUAGUAGCACUCCAGCAUGGAACACCCUCCCCAGAGAAGUUUGCCUGAAGCCUGUCUUUUGUUUGUUGUUGCUUUUUCUUCUCUCACCUUUUGCAGAUAAUUUUAAUUGCUCUUGCAAUUCUGUGGUCUUUAUAGAAUCAUAGAAUCAUAGAGUUGGAAGAGACCACAAGGGCCAUCAAGUCCAACCCCCUGCCAAGCAGGAAACACCACCAGAGCAGUCUUUAGCUUUAUUUAAGUUUUGUUUGUGCCUAUAUUUGAAUUGUUGCAAACUUUUCCAGGGACAUGAACAAGCAGCGGAAAAAGACCUAUAAUUAAUUCAUUACCUUACCUCAUAAGGUUGUUUUGAGAAUAGAACCAUGAAUUCUACUCUGAGUACCUGGCCAAAUGGAAAAGGCCCACCUUACACCAUUGCCUGCCCCCAUGUGGCCCUCCUGUGUGGCUCACCACAGGGAGAAGCUACAGGACAGCAGGUCCCAUAUGCCAGAUCUACUGUUUUCUUGGGAGACGGCAUGCCUGUUAAACUGGGUUGAGUUUUUCCACAGCUUUCCUUGCAAAACUGUGGGCUGGUUCCAACAUUGCAUUUGUUCCUGCUACACUGUUUGUGCUCCUUUUGCAGCUGCCACUGAAAUGAACACAGAAAGUGCCCUGUUUGAAUCUGAAACUCCCUCCGUGUUCUGUAGGGAUGAUCUGUGACAGCUUUCACCCACCUAGGGCCCUCCCUAUAUUUGAGACUGAAAAAGGAUUAUGGGGAAGGGAGCUCCCUGACAGAGCACCUGCUUUGCUUGCAGGAAGUCCUGCCCCCCACCCCCCGGCAUCUCCAGGUGGGGCAGGGAAUGUCUCCCAUCCAAAGUCUUGGGAGCCGUUGCUGGUCAGUGUGGCCAGGUAGGCCAAUGGCCUGAUCCAUGAUAGGGCAGCUUCCUGUGUUCCCAUCCAUCCCAACUAGCACAGCUGGGGCAGGCUGCGGCUGAUGGGGGUUGUGAGCCAAAAACAUCUAGAGGGCCACCAGCCACCAGCAUCUGGGUCACAGGUUUAUGUUGCGCCUUUCUCUUCUCCAAGGAUGCAGCCCAUUUGCCAGACAGUGGCGAUUUGGAGGCCAACCUCCUGCAGGCAGCAGUAAUGCCAGCAGUACGCAGAGCCAUGCUCCAGCUCUUUGUAUACCGAGCAGAAGAUUUGUCUCCAAGUAAGUUUGCCCUCUCUCUCUCUCUCUCUCUCUCUCCACACACACACACACACACACACACACACAAUAUUCUGUUUGGCCAGUGCUUUCUAGGCACAAGUUCGAGAAGUUUUUCGUUUGCCCAUCUGCUUUUCCCAGAAAACUCACUGUUUACUGCUAAAUCAGAAGAAACCCCAAUCGGGUUUUUGAGUAUGGGUGUUUGUUCUGAUUCAGCAAUAAACAAUGGACAAAGGAAAAACCUCUUGGUGACUCUGCAUCCCUGUACCACACUCAUAAAGUGCCCUCUUUGUCACAGUGGGGUGGCAGUGCGAAACCAAGAUAGGGACAAUGGCCCCUUUCUCUUUUUUGUCUGUUUCUAUAGAGAGACUGAUUUUAUUUUGCAAAUUGCAGCACAAUUUUUUUUUUAAAGUUACAGAUCUCAUAUAGACCGAAGUGAUAACCAUUAAGAUCAGUAGAUGUAGCUUGGUCCCUUGGUUUCCUCGUAUCAUGUGUUAAUCUUUGCAUGAUGAGAGUGAGAUGCCAAACACACUUAUACCAAUUUGCAAUCAAAAAUUCAGAGGAUGUUUUCCAGCCUCCAUCUGUUGAUCAGGCUGCAACCAAGAGGAAAUUAAUAAGGUAUUUGUGGAGGUGGUUUCCCGCAGCAGAGGAAACCGCUUGGGCGCCUGGAGCGGUGCGCCCAGGGGCAGCGUGAGCCACCCAUAGGAGCGGGGCGAGGGCAAGGCCAGCCGCCCAUAGGGGCAGGGUGAGGGCAGGGCCUUCGGAGUCUGCCUGCCUCCUCCCACUCAGCCACCCUACAGCUGGGGAGGGGGCAGCGGAUGGACUGUUUCGGCAGCGUGGAGCCUCUACGCGCCCAAGCCACCAUGUCUCUCCCAGGAGAGACGAGUGGCUUGGGCACACUGCAAGCCCUGCGGUGAGUGCCGCCCAGCAUUUUGUCACCCCUCUUGGUGGGGACACCCUGGGUGGCUCGCACCUACCGCACCCCCUUCCUCCACCCCUAGGAGGUUUGGACCAGUAAAAAUAGACAAGAGCUUAAGGGGCAGCUUCUGGGAGGGUCUCUCCCUUCAUGUGAGACUUAGCAUUUCCAGAGCACUGAAAGUGGCGUGAGAAUGGGUUAGCUUCCUGUGGUGCAUAACAAGGAUGGGGAAGCCUUUUCAGCCAGAGAGCCACGUUUCCUUUGGGGAGCCUUCUGUAUGGCAGCCGUGUGCAGGGCUCCAGGGACAAGAUGGUGGAGCAGUGGAUAUAAAUGUUGGCUUUGUAUACUAGGCUGUUUUUAAACAAAGCUAUGUUUUUUAAAAAGCUAUGUAACAGAUUUAAGCACCACAAAACUUCCCACCCACAAAAACAAACAAACCACACACUUAUUAUGGAAAAAUGUUUGAAGUAGCCCUGGUCAGUGGGGGAAAGUCUUUGCAUUUUUCAUAUGCAUUUGCAAUUAAUUAAAUACAUAGGGUAGCAGUAGGGCUGGGAUGUCCUUUCAGGAGCUAAGCCCACGUCCUUCCCCACGUGUUGUUAUGACUUUGCCUCUGUCUUUGCAGUAUGCCAGGCUUUAUAAAGAACUUAAUGAGCUUUGCUGCUUUUUGCAAGCAAAAAUGCUUGUUAAUUUGUAAUUUCAGAAAUUCUGUGCCUGGGCUGGGCCAGACAAUGGAGUCCCAGUUAAACUGGUGGGCCAGAGAGUGAGGAUAAUAGCACAGUUUUGCUCUUGUGUUGGUGGACACAGUGGACUAAGCCUUUGCUUGUGAAGGGGCAGGGGGGAAAGGCAAUAAUCGAGGAAUCGCCUUAAGCUUUGUCCUGGCUUAAGAACAGAAGAAGAGCCUUCUGAGUCAGGUCAAAAGCCCCUCCUGACCCAGCAUUCUCACAGUGUCCAACUGGAUGUUUGUGGGAAGCCUGCAAGCCAGACCUGAGUACGAUAGCGCUCUCCACACCUGCAAUUCCCAGCAAGUGGUAUUUAGAGACCUACUGACUCCAACCAUGGAGGGAGGACAUAGCCACCAUGGCAUGCAUUGCAGUGGUGCAUUAGUGCGCAUGCAUGGCCUCCACAGUUCAAGCAUGCACAGUAAGUAAAAGUGCUUCUUCUGACCUUUUCUCAAAACUUGAGAAACAGGAUAAUUGCUGUUUUGUUUUUUUAAUUUCAACUGGUUUUUGCUCUAGGAAGCUUUUUGGCUGAAGAACAAGGGGGGAAAUGAUUUACUUAAAUAAAUCAAUAAAUUUUUCAAAAAAAUAAACCCAACAAAACAAAACAAAAACAAUUUUUAACAAAGAACAUUCAGAUAAGUGGCUCAGAGGUCAAAACACAGGCAGACAAGGGUUUGUUUCUGUUAGGCUAUUAUAUGAGUGAGAAGGCUUGAAUCUUUUCUUCUAAAUGAUAUAGGUGGAUAGUUCAGAUUCAUGUUCCUCCAGGUUCCUUUAUGCGGUCAACACAUUCCCAUUAGAGCUGUCUAGCAGAUAAGAGAGUAAGGAAGGGCUAACACCCUGGUAAAAUGGGAUCAUCAAAAAAGAUUUAAUAGGGCUCUUACUUUCCUCAACAGUACGGAGCAACAUGGAUGUUGAUCCCACUGGCGGUUCAGUUGACCCUUCUCUGGAAGUUGAUUUUGCAGGGAAACUGGUAUGUAAAAUGCAGCCCUAAUUAUUUUAUUCUUCCUUAAAGGAAGACAGUAGCCUCUUAAGAAAAUAACAUCUGCUACUUAUAAACAAUACAAUAAGGUUCUGUAUUCUACAGCCUUUGAAUUUACUAGCCUGUACAGUCUAUGUUAAUCUCUAGUAGCAUAAAUGGAGGAAAGGGCCAAUAUUUCAAUCCAUCUUUGCCUGAUCACCCGAAGGCCCCUGAUGCUCACCAGAAAUAGCCUAGCCAAUGGUUGUUUGCAAGCCUAGUGUUUGGUGGAAAUGACAAGUUGCAGUAAUGCAAAACAAAAACAGGGUAACUACCUCCUAUUUACCUGGGAACUCAUUUUUAUGUCUUGCAUGGAAAGAUGCAACUUGAGAAUGACUUGAAGGUGUGUCUGUUAGAAUUGUCAAAGGGUGCAUUUUGCAAAACUCUGGUGCCAGUUUGGAAGGAGGCUGACACAGAAACCCAAGCAUGCCAGUGACGCGAGUGCCUUGCUGGCAGGUCCUGGUGUUUCCACACAGAGAGGCAUUUUCUUCCAGGUAGUGCUUCACUGACACAUGCUCAGCCUCAGGCUUAGCUGGAAAUCAUAGCACUGGACUCACUUUCUGCAGGUGAGCUGCUUCUGGUUGCCAUUGAGGACCCUAAGGAAAUUGGGGAGGUGGCAGUCCCACACAAAGCAAUGCACCCUCCUUCCAGCUAUCCUCAGCGUGGGCUAGGUGCCAUUUUUUAGCUACCAGUGACACCUGGGAGCCUGGCUAUUAAUAUCUCUCUAAUAUUAAUAUUUUUAUGGAGCACUAUCAAUGUACAUGGUUCAUAAUUGUGGAUGGGGGAGAAAUUCUACCUAAUUCAUAUUUCCUGAAAUUAUACACAAACUAAACUGUAGUUAUGCUUUGAAAUCAGCAGCUCUUUGAAUUUUACAAUGCCGUUCUCCAACCCCAAGAAAUGUGUACAGAAAUGUGUUUAUUGGAGGAAAGUGUGCAUAAAAAUGCAUAUAUCGCUGAAAAUAAUACCAAAGUGCAGUACAUUGUUUUAGAGAAACUUCCUUUCAAAAAUGUGUAUACAGUCUUAGUAGAAAUCCUGCUUUUUGUGGCAAACCAAACUUAAUAUCUGGAAAAUUAGAAACUAAAACCAUAAUUAGAGCUUCCAUAUUUAAUUGAUUAAUCUAACAUGUGCAUUGAUUAAACAGACAUUUUGUCAACUGGAAAACUGCUCCCAAUUACUCAGGCAGCAAAUUAAUGUUUAUACAAACAACAGAGGGCAACCACUACUGUUAUUAGUAAAAUCAUAGAGUUGAAAGGGACCCUAGGGAUCAUCUAGUCCAACCCCCUGCAAUGCAGGAAUAUGCAGUUGUCCCCUAUGGGGAUCAAAACCUGCAAUAUUGGCGUUAUCUAUCAGCACCACAUUCUAACCAAUUGAGCUAUCCAAGCUGGGGCUAAUUAAUCAAUUAUUACCUGCCCUUCACCAGCAGAUCCCAGGGCAAGCUACAACUUAAGAGAGACCCUUUCUUUCUCCCUCACAUAGGAGGGAACGUCUUUUUGAAGGCAUUACCUGCCAUUGAUGAUAGAGGAACCUAUCUUCUAAAGACACAAGAAGUUUGCUUCAGAACCAUUUCUUUUAUCUACAUGCAGAUUUAAACAAGAAACUGAUUUCUUCAUCGACUAAGAUUUAUUUAAUUGAAUGACAGCUCUAAUCAUAAUCUGCAUAAAAGAUGAUGUGCCAUAUUCUCUCUAUACAGCUAAAAAUUAAAUACAUCUCCUUUCCAGCGUUCUUGCUGUAAUAUUUGGCACAUUGACUCCAUGGUACUCCCUCUCCCUCUCCAAAAUACACAAAGCAAAAACCAACCAAGUGUCAUUCUUUUUUUAAAAAAAAAAAAACCCUAGCAAUGCAUUUCCAUCAAUAACCAUUUAAGUUCCAAACUGACUGACCAUGCAACACUGACAGUAGCAGGGAGCCUUCUCUUUGCCUUGAUCACCACAUUGGAGAACUUGCCGUGAACCAAAAUGGGUGCGUCUCAGCCUUGGAAAGAAGUCCUUGAAAACUACCAGACCUCAAGGAGUUUGAUCAGCUGCUGCUUGCCCACACUUACUCCUGCAUCUAUAGUACACUCAUAGCCUGAAGACAGCAAGAACCGCUGCUCAUUCAGUUCUCCAGAGCUUUCAGGCUUGGUUCCCUGCAGCUCAGCCUUACAUGUCAGAGACAAGUGAAUAUAUAUAAUCCUGUUUCAUAAGAUAGUCAUAGGAUCAAAGAAUUGUAGCAUUGGAAGGGACCACAAGGACCAUCUAGUCCAGUCCCUGCAAUAGAGGAAUCUUUCUCCCAGCAUGGGGCUCAAACCCACAACCAUUAGACUGAGAGUCUCAUGCUCUACCGACUGAGCUAUCCCCUGUCAUCUAGAAGUGGGUAUCUUACCUGGCACUAGCAUGUGCUGAAAGCUAAGCCUUCUACAGAAUGGUGGCUCUUUACUGACCUGCUCCCUUUACCCACAUGUUCAGCUAAAGACCAGAGUUGUGCUCAGAGACGCCAACCCUGUGUGGAACCAGCUGAUGUUCUUUCCUAUGCAGGUGAGUAUUGUUAUGCAGAAAUGGGGUGAGGAGAGAGAGAGCACAGGGGUGCACUUUGUGGCUGGGGCUGAGCUUGCUUCCUACCACUCAUGACACCACGUUUCAUUGGGGAGGGGAGGGCUAGUUACUUAACCCCCUCUCCUGUCUGGGUCCUCCCAGAUUGCAGUCUGUUACUAUCAGGAUGAAAUGUCUGCUACUAUUUACUGUUUACACCACUGACAUGCAAACCCUCACUCUGGCUCAGUUUGGAAUUGGCCUUGGCAAACAGAGCCCUCUGGCCCUAAAACCAGAAAUUAGCUCAGUCCUUUUGCUUUCCAAAAUGCAGAAUAUUGUUAGGUUCCCAAUAACAAUAAUAGAAGCCCAAGACCUCAGCCACCACCUCUCCCUCAUGCAAACUUUACUUAGCUGCUAUAAUGGCCUCCAUUUAUCCCUGAUGCCUGGGGUGCUGAAAUGGGAGCAUGUUCAUUGGUAUCCCAGGUGCAAGGAGAUUUGGGACGUGUCAAUUCCAUGGCACCUGAACUUCAUCACUGAUUACUUUCUGAUCUGCACAUGCCUAACAGCUUGUUUUAUUUUCUGAGCUGGAGAAGAACUUCUCUGGGACACAUGGGCAUUAGGAGCAUGAGAAGUUCGUUCCCUGAGCUGGGUAAAACUAAUCAUACAUCAUCUCUAACUUACUUUGACUGAAGUUGGGCUCUGUUAUUUGGUCAUGUGAGAUGCUGAUGGAAUCUUAGGUGGUCCAUGGAGCACAGAUGCAGAGAGGUUUCCUUACCAACUUGCCUUUUCCUUUGCAGAUGCCUUCCAUGUGUGAUCUAAUCAAACUCAGUGCUCUUGAUGGGUGAGUGCUGCCAGUGCACCUCAAAUGCGGGACAGUAUCUAGGCCAUAUACUAUGCCCCCAAAAGACAUUGCCAGUCCAAGAUAUAUUGCUGCUUUCCAGUCAUGCAAAGGUCAAAGGUUUCUGCACAUGGAUGCCCUGCUCUAGCCCCCAGCCAAGCAAGUGAGAGGCACAUGAGAGGGUACAGAGCAGAGCAGUGAGGAGUCUGUUCUGGGGAGAUGGGGUGCAGUUGAGAAGAGUUCCAGGGGCUAGGAAGAGACCUGGAGUGCCACUGGGGGAGGGGUGUCCCCUCCCCGCUGCCACGGAGCCUUCUAUUUUGUUUUCUAGGGAACAAAAUGAAGAUAGCAGUGUUCUGGGGACAGCAUUUCUCAGCCUUUCCCAGAUCUCUUCAGCUGGGAAUGACAUGGGAAGUAAGCAAGCUUUGAUUCUUUACAAACACACACCCUGCAAAUCUGGGCCACCUGACAGCAACCCACUCCUCUCAAUUAGCAUAAGGCACAAUCUUCCGGUGCAAGCUCUGAUCUUAUGCAAGCAGAGCUGGUUCCAGGUUUCAGAAGAUCCUGGAGGAAGUGCCUUCCAUGGCCCCUCCCCACUGGUAGCAAGCCCUUCGCUGGGCGAUGAAGGCAUCCCGGACAGCAGGCACCAACAGGGGAUGGCCUCCUGGCUUUGUUGUCAGAGACUCCAAGGCUGUGUGACUGGACUUACUGCUAUAGCCACCAUUUUAAUUUGCCCAAAAUGCAAUGCCUGUUGCAUGUACAUCAUAUUGCAUUCUGGUGAAAUUCAAAGGACGGCCUGGGACUUGGCACCAGUCACAGUGGGCCCUCCCAGGUCACAGGGCUUCUGGCAUUUGCUGUGCACUGGUGCAAGCCCCAUUGAAAUGUAUUGGAAUAGUGGGAGCACACUAUCCUACGUCCCCCUCAGAGCCAAAGGCAGGUGAGGUCCAGGUCCUGAGUCUGAGAAGGAUAAUCGUUGGCUUGGAGGGACCACCUGGUGACCAAGUCGCCCAGAAUGAGGAAGAUUAGCAGUUCUUAGAGAAUGGGUGGGGAAUCUGUGGCCAUGGAGGUAUUAAUAGACUGCAUGCCCUUUCAGUCCCAGCCAUCAUGGCCAGCAGGCAAGGAUGCCAGAAGUUGUAGCCCAGCAGCACUGGGUUUUAGGGCAGUGUGGUUGGUUCCCCGCACAGGGUGCCCAGCCAAGGGGGCAGAAAAUAAUAGCCAUAGUCAUAAUACUAAAACCAUUAUUUUUACGGGUACCUACUGAGAAGAUCCAUUUAAAAAGCACCUGUACCAAAAGGUAUUACUGUGAAAACAUGAAAUAUGUGAUGGAGGCACAAAAUUUUGUCCUCACUCAAGGCACCAUAUUACCAAAGUCUGCUCCUGAGUCCAGCAACAUCUGGAAGACCACAGUUCCCCACCUGUCUUAGAGCUAUAUCAUACCCCCCAACUGUACCUUCUUUCGUGGGACAUCCCACAUCAUAGAAGGCAAUCCUGGCUUCUGUUUGGAUCCUGGAAUGUCCUGUUAAAGACGUGCAUUCGGCACUCAUCAGCAGGGUCACGCCAAAGCGUCUUCUGAUUCAGUACUUUGGCAAGACUCUGCCAACUCUCCAGACGAUUGCCAGAGCACCGGACUGGAAGUUGCACCCCUCCUGAUGUCCCAAUUUGGGGAAUGAAACUGUUGGAGGGCAUGCUCUAGAGCAGAUAGUGUUACGGGAUUGGCUCUAUACAAUCACAUGAUAUCAAGGACCAAGAGGAUUCUGGGUAGUGGUGUCCAGUAUUGAGCUGCCUCCAGUGCCUUCCCCUGGUCUUCAACCCCAGAGGCAUGGAGUCCCAUAGAGCUCCAGGUUUAAGCCCUCUGCUGCCUUUUAGCUUCCUUUGUUUCAGUGGAAGAUUAUGCAGGAAGACUUCCCAAUGGAUUGUGCCCUGGGGAUCAGAUCUGUCUGAUGUCCUCUUGAAGAGCACCCAAAACUGGCCCCCUGCCUUGCCUUGUGACUAGGCUGGUGGUGCAGAGACUCUUCCUCCCCUCAAGCUCUUGUUGGUUUCAGAGAAUUUCCCAGGCUUCCUGCCGUGCUUCGGGCCAAGCUUUGUGACCCUCUACAGGACGCCACCAGAGCUCAUGAACGAAGAGGACAAUUUAGAGAAUGUUGGGAGUGUAAGUCUGUCUCUUGGUUGUCCAUUCAACUUCUUAGGAGUUGUGGCAAGAGGGUGAUUGUUCUGCAAGGCACCAACACUUCAAACCUAAAAUAGUUUUCUAAUGCUGAGCUACAACAAUUUCCAAGAGUGAAUGACACAGCCGCUCUUUGUGAUUAAGAUAUCAAUUUCUAUCCAGAAACAUAUUUAACAAGACCAGUGUCAGAGAUGGAUGUACCCAUUGACCAGUAGCCUCACUGGUCUCCUGGCACACGAGCUUCCAAAACCCUUGUCCCUGGGGGCAAUCCCCAUCCCUGGGGCAUGUGGAGGUAUGUACCAACCAUACCACAGCCUCUCAAAUGUGGAAGGAGAAAGAAUGGGGUUUAUCAGGGAUAAUUUCCUCGGUGUAAAGUACCACUCAUGUACACCUUGGCAAGAACAAGCUUUUGUGUUCCAAGGGUCUCUUUCUUAACACUGAGAAUGUGCACACUCUUUCCGAGCUGGCUAUUUUAGGCUGUGCUAAAGAGUGUAAGGAAAGGGUAACACAGACAUCACAACGUUGCUCUUUCUUUUCAAUUAUUCCUCAUCAUUGUCUGUCCUUCUGCUCUCUCUAUCACGAACUCUUCUUCUCUUUUAGAAGGAAGGGAUAAUUUACCGGGGAAGAGUCCUAGUGGAGCUGACUACCUACAUGGAUCCAGACCCCGUUCAAAGAAUAGAAGCUGUUCCUGAACAAUAUAUUACAAGAAUGGAGGUAACCAAAGAACAAAAUAUAUACAAGUUAUUUUCUUGCCAUGUGUAAACAGGAGUAUGGGGUGGGGUGGGGGUGUUUCAUAAGACCAUGAAGAUGUGGACCUUGCAGGAGCAGUAGUUGUUUCCUCCCUUCUUACUUUCCCAUGUUUCUCCUGGAAGACUGUAGUAUCAUAGAAACACAGGAUUCGGGCAGCUGGCAACAGGAACAGUCUUUAUUAUCUAGUUACAGAUGAAGCUUUCUUGUGUUUGUCUUUGGAGGAUGUUGAGGAACUUCACAUGGCCCAGAAUGCAGAAGCUGGACUAUGUGGUGUGAGAUGUUUGGACCAUAUUACCACAGUAUUAUCACAGUGUCACCAGUUGCCAUUUUGUUUCUGGGCCCAAUUCACAAUGUUGGCCUAAACUUUUCAAGUGGGCCCUCAAAACUCUCGGACCAGGAUAUUUCAGUGAUUGCUUCCUAUAUUUUUUAGCAGAAAGACAGGGCAUAAAUUAUUCUAGUAAAUGAAUAACAUAAUAGAUCUGCUUGUGAGCUCCAUGCAGCAAGAGAAGGCCUCUUGACCUGUCAUUCCCUGCCCACCUGGCAUGCCUUCUCUGCUGUCUGGAAAAUGCAAGGCCAAGAGCUUGAAGAACCCAAGUUCCAUCCAGGCACUGGGUCACUUGGGUCCUCCAGGUGUUCUUGGACUCCCAUCAGCUCCAGUCAGCGCAGCCUGUGGCCAAGGAUGAUGGGAGGUGCAGGCCAAGAAGACCGGGAGGGUUUCCCAUGCCGGCUGUGCCAGACUGGAGCGCUCAAGUUCUGCUGGCAUGCUUCCACUGGGGCCUCUCGUCGGCCACUGUAAGAACAGGAUGGUGGUUCUUCUUCUGAUAAAAUUCUGAGGAUCUUUUGUAGGCACUUUAUUUGCUUCUCAAUAUUAUUAUAUUACAUAUAAGUAUAUAGAUAGGUUUGUGCUCAGAUGCGUGGGAGAUACUGGCCAAUACCUUCUUCUCAUAAUAAACCUUUUUUAUUAUUUCAAAAACAUUGUAUACUUCUUUGGGUACAGGAAUCCAAAGAAGCUUACAAAAAGAAUAAAACAGCAAAAUUAUUAAUAAAAAACAUCCAAAGGAUAAUUAGAUUCCAAGAUAAAGUAAAAACAGAUUAAAACAGAUGUCAACAUACUACAUAUUUUAGUAAGCUUGUCUAAACAUAAAAUGUUUUCAACAGGUGCUGGAAAGAGUCCAGUGAAGGUAUCUGUCUGAUGUCAAUAGGAGUUCCAAAGUGUGUGAGGUUGAUUUGUUACUGUGCCAGUUCCACAGAUUUGUUUGUUUGUUUCUGCAGCGCUAUUUGCCUCAAAUCCGGUAUGGGUUAUGUGUCAUCUUUUAUUCAGCUACUAUGUUGGCUGAUAUCAAGGAACAGAUCCAGUUUGAGGUCAGCAUUGGGAACUAUGGCAACAAAUUUGAUGGGACUUGCAAACCUUCUGCCUCAACUACUCAGUACAGCCAUGCUGUGUAUGAUGGUAAGGAACAAGUGACUAAGAGAUGAUGGUGAAAUUUAUUAGUUAUCCUUCACCAGCAGAUCCCAGGCUGGAUUACAACAAUUUAAAAUCCAGAAUUAAAAACAGAUGAAACAUGUUACAUUCCCCCAAAUAGGGUGGGUCUUGAAAAUACACAUCUCAGGUGCCAAAGACCAGGGUAAAGAUCUUCAGCAUUCAGUAAAAGCUGCAUAGUGAAGAAGUCAGACACACCUUUCUGGGGAGGAAAUUCCACAACUUAAGGGCCACCACAGGUCAUGCCCUCUCCUAGGCCAUCACACCCAUCUACCCCAAACCUCUGAGGGAGCUGGAAAGCUUGGUUUGGUUCCUGUAAGGGACUACUUCAUAUCCCUGCAUUGCAGGGGUUGGACUAGAUGAGCCUCAGGGUCCCUUCCAUCUCUAUGAUUCUAUGAAAGCGAGGAGGUGCCCUCUCUGCUAAACUUAACACCUGGGAGGAUCUGUAGCAAAGGAGGCAGUCUUUCAGGUAUUUGGGGCCUAAAUCAUUUACAAGCUUUGCACACUAACACAAGCACUUUGAAUUGGGCCUGGAAAUGAACUGGCAGAUGGGGUUGGGCAGGAAAAGAAAGGAUUCACUGUGAAGGGAAAUACUAUUUAGAAGUAGAAGGUACAGGAGCUCAGUGGGUAGAGCAUAUGCUAUGAGUGUCGUGUGUUCCCUUCCUUCUUCCAAAGGGCUCAGACAUGGUUUCUCCCAUGUAUCCCUACAGCAGUCUUGUGAGGAAGGUUGGAGGCUGGGACCGAUACACAGAAGUUCACCGAAUAAACUUUUUGCAGAGCGGUGCUCAUGCUAGUGUCUUGGAGCAAAGAAUCUUCUGGCACCAUCAAGAGUUAACCAGUUCAUUAUGGCAUAAGUCAUCCAUUAUCUGCAUAGCCCAUGGAAGCUUAUAAUAAACUUGUUAGCACUUUAAAAGGUACCACAAGACUCUUUGUUGUCUUCCCAAUUAGCUUUGUAGCUGAAGAGAGCACUGGUCUGAUCGCUACACCACAAAGGUUUUCAAGUGGCUGGCCUCUGUCUGCAAGUUUGGAGAGCUGCUGCCAGUCAGAGUAGACAGCACUGGGCUAGAUGGAGCAAUAGUCUGACUGCUCAUGAAGCAGCUUCAUGACAAGACAAGGCCCAGUGCAAAACCAGGCAAUUCCUUUCCAGGUAACCACUACUACUACUUGCCAUGGUAUGACACAAAGCCCAUGGUUGCCAUCACCUCAUUCUGGGAGAACAUUAGCUACCGAAUCGCCAGUAUGAACGCCAUGCUAUUCAUUCACAACAGGCUGGUAAGUCCCGGAACCAGUGAUUGGAGGGAGCAGGCAUGUUUGGGAUGAACACCUAAGAGGGGGUGGUGGAAUGGCCUGUGUGCAAGAGGGAUGUGUAUCCCAGGUUAUUUUCUCAUUUCCUACGGCUGCCAAUUAUAUACCCCUUGCAUGAUGGAAGUCGCCACCCACAAUACCAGUGUCAUAGUACUUCUGAGCAUGGAGGCUAUGUCCUUAGCUGUCAUGGACCAUAGCCUCUGGUUUGCCUUAUCUCCAUGCAUCAUAGAUGCAUAGAGUUGAGAGUGACAUCAAGGGUCUUCUAGUCUAAGCCCCUGUGCCAGGCACUGGUAGGGCUCUGAGCAGUUUGUGGUGGAGGCAAGGGGCCAGGGAAUUGACCCAGAAGAGGGGGCCAGCAAUUUGUGGGAUUUGGCACUGCCUGUGAGACAGAAGCUGGGAGGAGGAAGGGUUAGAGCCGUCAGAGACAGAGGAAAACAUGCAGGAUGUGUCAGAGGCAGAGGAAGAGGCUGUGCAGGUGAGGGACGAGGCAGUCAAAUCCCUGCCAUCUCCCACCCCGCUGUCUCCUAGAGCCAGAAGGGGCUUGAAGAGGGAGGAGCAGUGACGGCUUCCCUGCAGAAGAAGCCACAGGUUGCCGUGCCCCGUCAGAUGAGGGUACAUAUGCCGGAGGGAGGGCGGGAAGUCCCACUGUUGUUUCAUAGGGUUCUUAUCAGAGCUCAGCCGCAGGAGAUUCCUGAGUUCUGACAGAGUGACCUGGCAGAGGUGGUCAAAUCCUGGUGCCGAUAACCUAGUAAGAAGAACUGGCAAUCUUGUAAGGAAGAAGCAGAGCAGAUAUAGUGUGAUUCUGGGCCAUAUUAUUAUAAUCAUUAUUAUUAUUUACCCCCUUUCACCCUAAGGUCACAGGGUGAGUUAAAACAUUAAAUAAAACAUGGUGUUAAAGAAGUUUAAAACAACUUACAACCACAAAAAUACAGUGGUUUCUAAAAAUAAGCACCUCCAGUGUGAAAAGCCAGGUAAAGCAUUGAAACAGGCCAGUGACUGCGGGGCUGGAUGCAAGUAGGCACUGCUCAGAGUUGACCCAUUGGAAUUAAGGAACUUAAAUUAGGCCACAUUCACACCACAUGUUUAAUGAUCCAUUAUACCACUUUAAAUGCUCAUGACUUCCCCCCAAAGAAUUCUAGCAGCUGUGGUUUGUGAAGGGUGCUGAGAAUUGAUAGCUUGGAUGGGACUGGGGGUCUCCUAUGAUUCCCAGAGUCUCGUGCAAAAAUUGUUAUACCAUUUUGAGGAUUGUAGCUUUGUUAGGGGGAAAGAGGGUGCUCUCUGAACAAUUCUCAACAGUCUUGAAUUCUGUCUCCCAGGACUCGGUGGGGGGGGGGGUAGCCAUGACUGUUUGAAGUGGUGUCAUUGUGCUCUGAAUGAAUGGUGUGAAUGGGACCUUAGUCAUGUCCAUUCAGUUCAGUGGGUCUACUAUGAGUAGAAAUAGCACUGGAUACAUCCUUUUAUUUGUAUUGUUGUUGUUGUAAUGUAAUGAUCUCUGCCCUUCUUCUCAGGGCCCAUAUUCGCCUAGUAAGAUGGCUUACAUAAUUAUUAUUAUUUAUUGUAGAAGACACAUAGAUUAUACUUUAUACUAUGUUAUGCUGUUGGUUUUGGCUUAUAGGCUGCCCAGCUAUCACCAUGUGCUUCCUUCCCUAACAGAAGAAGAACCUGGACAUUCUUAAAGCCAUCAGCUCUCCCAAAGACCCAGUUGUGGGUGCUGUUUGGAAAAUGCUCCAGAAAGAACUGGUGGAAGACUGCAAGUGAGCAAUGGGAAGAAGGCCGUGGAAGUUCUGGCAGGGGAGUGGGCCGCAGAGCUGGUGUGUUCCUGGUCUGCAGGGGAGGUCAUACACCCAGGCAGAAGGUGUCCCCUCCCCAAACCAGGCUUUUAUAGAGAGCGUGAGACUUUAAAGUGGCACUAGUCAUCCCAAAAGCAUGUUCUGUGUCCUUGCAACUACUUCCAAACACUUGAAUCUCCUAUUUCUUCAGUGGGUGCAUUUAAAUUUCCCAAUGUUUAAAGUGAGUCCCUCAGCUGCUCCACUGGCUCCAGGCUUCUCUUAAUAUACCCACUGCCAUCACCUCCUAGCUUGCAGUAGUUGGUGAGAAGGUCCGCUCAAAACCUGGAGCCUGUCAGUACUCAGGAGAAAGAGACACUAGUGAUCAAAACUGUGAGAACUUUUUGGAAAAUAUGUAUUUCUGAGGUAUGAUGACUCACACCAUAAACCUUUUUUAGAAUAAUGCCAUGAAUUUGUAUAUCAUUAGAAAGUUAAUUUGUUGCAAUAUAUUCUGCUGUGUUGCAUUACUUUUAUCCUAUCAAAAGUUAUAGCCAAAAUAAAAGAUGUUAUACACAGAAAACCAUGAUAAAGGGCAUUUCAUAUAUAACUUUUCCUAAACUUUUCCACAAUUUUGGCCACUACUGUAGUGUCCAUUCUUUACCUUCCCUUCAGUUCUGCCCCCAGAGCCACAGUUGCAAUGAACGGCUUUUGUCCACCUCUUUUCCCGCACGGAGCACUGAACUUUUUCCACUUCCUCCAUGCUCAGGAGACCUCUUCCUGGCUGGGAAGCCCCAACAGUCCCUACCAUGCUGGAUCUGCAGCUGAGGAAGCUGCGCAGCCAACUCCUCCUGAAAACCAGCAAGGCAGCAGAGAAGACAAGUUGGAAGACACCCCUGCAGAAACUGAUUGCCAAAGCAGAGGUCUGGCUGAACAGGAUCGCUUCAGUCGCUUCCGAGGUACCUCCUGGGGACAACUCUUGUAAGGAAUGGAAGCUCAAGGACUGUUUUUCUCAGAUGCUUCUGGGAUAGUCCCCCAUGUUCCUUGGACAAAGGUGCUCUGCCUUGAGCCUUAAAGGAGAAGGAAGGCUUGGGGUGUUGUGUGUGUGUCGUACAUCAUGUAAUGGAUGCCAUAAUAGUGCAUUAGUGGUAGAUUUAUACUGGAACAUCCACACAUCAUUCCAGUUUAUUGGUUGUUAUGUGAUGCUUCCCCAAUGUUUCUGCAUUAUUGCUGGCUGCAGGGGCAUUCUUGCACUAUAGUGCUACAAAAGCAACAGAAGAAGAAAAAACCCAGAAUAUGUGUGGUAUAAAAUGUUGUUGUUGAUAUAUUUAUUUAUACUUCAACUUUUUCCUUGAGGGGACUCAAGGUGGCUUACAAAUAAAAAUAAGGACUGGUAAUAACAUAGAAAAUUGUGCCUGGAAAGCAACUGGUAGCCAGCGGAACAGCUGUAGCAUCUUCUUCCCAUCUCGUGCACUCCUAGUGCUAGUUAAAGCCACAGUUGCAUGACGUUAGCCACAAUCCAUGGCGAUCCUGUAGUUUCUUGACAAAUGCUGUUAUCUAAUGUGUUUCCCCCCUCAAACCAGCUUCUAUCCAACUAGCAAACUUAAGCUGCAUUCACCUCCAAUUUAAGAAUGGUGUGUACAUUUGAGACAGUCAUUGCGCAUCCACAGAGAAGAGCACAUACGCAGAUGACAGAUUCAUGAAUGGGAGUUUGGGGAAAGGGGGUUGCAGGAGCCAAAAGGUCAUGCUUGUUGGGUGAAGACAUCCCCAUUCACUCAGACCCUCCAAGUGCCCCUAUUUUCCAGGGACGUCCCUGAUUUAGAGAAGCCAUCCCAGUUUCUGAUUUGAUCCUGGAACGUCCCACUUUUCCUUAGGAUGUCCCUACUUUCAUUGGAGAAAUGUUGGAAGGGAUGCUCUCUGAUGUGACCAACACCAUGCAAAUGUGACUUGAAAACAUUCAGGGUGGAAACAACUGCGCUGUGUUUGAGGCUGCUAAUAUGACAUACCCUGAGUGUUAUAAGUACAAACACGACCACAGUAAGUGACCUCUGGCUCCCUGUCCUCCUUGCUGCCCUUAGGCCCAGGUCAGCAUGCCGGAUGUCAUGAUCUGGAUGCUGUGUGAUGACAAGCGGGCGGCCCACACCCGGGUCAGGUCUCAUACAAUCAUGUUCUCCAAAGCUGGCCCCCAUGCCAGGGGCAGGAUGUGUGGCAAAACCCAGACCAUCUUCCUGCAGGUAAAAAGAACUACUUUUUGACAUUGAAAAUGGAGUCUCUGUUUGCUUGUUUUCCUCUUCCCUCCUCUUUCCUUUUUUCUUUUCUACUGUGUCUAUUAGAUUGUAAGCUUGCAGGCUGGAAUUGUUUUGUUUUUACUGGUCUUACAAUAGCCAUUCUAGGAGUCCUUUUUGUCUGAAAAGCAGAGCACAAAUGCUUUAAAUAAAAUUAAAAUAACAAAUAGAAAGAUAUAUGUAGCUUGGCUCAUUUGUUUGCCAAUUCUCUUAGCAAAAACCAUAGGAAUUAAAGCUAUUGAGGUCACCCAGGAGGCACUGUACCCACAAGCAUCUCAUGCCCUCCCCUUCAAGUCUGCCCAAGGGAGCUGCUGGCGCUUCUCUAGCCCUGCCUCUUGUGCUUUCUUUCCUCCUUACAUUACUGCCCUUGUGUCACAGGAACCGGCUUCAUCAGCCAAAAAGGACUCUUCAUAUGGCUCCACAUUAUUGGAUGCCCACCUAAGCAUCACCUAAGCCUGGUAGACCUUCAUCUAGCCAUUGUGUCCACUGUUAUGUCUGCAGUCCGGAUGGUGGUGGAAGGAAUGCAUAUGCAUAACUCUUUUCCUUUCUAUCCCACAGAGUGCACAAAACAAAGGGAAGGCGGCUCCCAUUCCUGUUGUGCUGCGGGUGCGAAUGUGGCUUGGAGAGCUGGCUGAUAGUGCAGAGUUCUUGAAAUGUUGUGAAGGGAGAAUCCUUAUCUACGCUGAGACGGUGAGAGACAAGCCAGGCAGCUGCAUGGGAAGGGUCCAGUUUCAACCUGAUUCCAGGAGACACCUCCUCACUGAGCCACAGUGCUUACCGAGUGACCUUGGGGUAGUUACUAUCUCCUAGCAUAACCUUUCCUCACAGGUUUAUGCUGGGGGCUGUAUGGGAGUGGGGGAGGCACUGUUGGAAAUGCAGUCGUAAGGAUCAUUCUGUUUGUAAUUUCAAGGUUAAUUUUGUCAAUGUCAGCUAGCCAAGAGGGAAACAGGUGGAGGUGUUGCUUAACAAGCAAAGAGGGUGGCAUGACAUCACUGAGGCAUCAUGUGCUUUGAUUGGCUGUGUAAUUCUGAGAGAAUUUUUUGUCUGUAUGUUUGGUUGAAUGCCUCCAUGAUAUGUACAAAGCCUGAACUAAGAAAGACAUAACCUCUCUGUUGCUUUCUCCUUAGACUCCUUUCUCAUAGACUAUUUUUGUUCGGUUUGCUCACCAGCAUGUUUUUAAGACUUGUAGGAAGCUGUCAAACUUUUGGACCAUCUGGCUCAUGGCUGCCUACACUGGGUAGCAGUGACUUUCCAUGGGCUCAGACUGGGGACCUUCCCAGCCGUACCUGGAGAUACCAGGGACUUGUACCCAGGACCUUCUGCAUGCAAAGCAAAUGCUCUACCCCUGAGCAAUGGCCCCCUUCCUCCAGACCUCUCUCUCUGGACUAUGCUUGGGCCAUUUAAUUGGCUGUGCUGAUAGACACCAUGCGUGCUGCCCUGAGGGGGAUGAAAAUAACCAUGGUUCUAACUCUCACGCUUGCAGUAUGAAAAUCAAAAGAAGACCCACGGAAUAUGGGGGACCAGGGACCUGAUGCAGCACCCGCUUUUCAGAUGUCACUGGGAAGGUCAGCCUUCCCAAAGAAAAGUUCCAACCGCCUGUGGGAUGGCAGUGGGAUGGCGAGUGGGUCGUGGAGCCCCAGAGAAGGUAAGUGUGCGCAUAAUAAUUUCAAUAUUACUUACAUGGUUCUUCUCUUCUAAAUGCCACACUUUUCUUAGAAAAAACGUCAAAAUAGCUUUCAGUAGAAUCUAAAGUGCAAAUGACAGCCUAAAACAAAGCAGGGGGGACUCAGUAACCAACAAUCCAUCAGAUGGGGGAGUGGGAGACAGAAUGUUAAAACAGGGUGUUUAAAAGAGGAAUUUAAAGACCUUCCUGUUAACGCUGGCAUUUGAUGGUUGAUAGAUACUGGCCAUGACAACCUUGACAUUAGCAACUGUGAGGGCAUGCUGUUGCUUUUAAAUGUUUUUCAGUUGUUUUUAAAUGCUUUAAAUGUGCUUUUGUUUUUUAUUUUAAACUGAGAUGUUUUAACAUUUAGAUGUUUGCCACGCUGGGCUGCUUUGAGAGGAAGGGCAGGAAACAUCUGAUGACUAAGGUUGCAGACACAUGGUCUGGAAUCAUUCGCGCUCGUCCUCAGCAUUCUGCUUUCAAUCUAAAUUGUGAUUCUGGACCCUGCCCUCCACAAGGGCAGGGGGGGGCUGUUGGAUGCCCCCUUCUUUGGGUUAUCCAGGCCUUUUUAUCACUGCACAUGCCUCAGGUGAAUGAAGAAGAAAGUAAUAAUUGGUGGACACCCAUCCACAAUGCUUAAUAAAACACAGUAACUGUCUGUGAGGGGAGGUUAUUGAUUUUGUUUGUUAUUAUGGUAUGUAUUUUUCUGUUUUUAUAUGGUUAUGCACCACCCCAAUCUCCACAGCAGCAUGAAAUUCCAGGGGUUCCAGGCGCUUCCCCAGGGUUUGUGUUUCCAUUUGGAAAUGAGGCACAGCAGAGACUGUGGUGUCUUCAUGAUAUAUGGUUUAUUUACACAUAUAAACAACCUGAGCCUACUGUGGAGGGGUUCAGAGCAUUGCCACUCCAAAAGGGUCUUUCUUCUCCCAUAGGCCCAAUCCUGAAUUCCAACAGAAAUCAAACAUGCUCCAAAACAUGGCUCUGACCCUCUCUCCAGAGAAACUUAUGAUUGUAAACUGCUCUGUAAUUUUCAGAUGAAGGACAGUACAGUGGUACCUCGGGUUAAGUACUUAAUUCGUUCCGGAGGUCCAUACUUAACCUGAAACUGUUCUUAACCUGAAGCACCACUUUAGCUAAUGGGGCCUCCUGCUGCUGCCACGCCACUGGAGCACGAUUUCUGUUUUCAUCCUGAAGCAAAGUUCUUAACCUGAAGCACUAUUUCUGGGUUAGCGGAGUCUGUAACCUGAAGCGUAUGUAACCCGAGGUACCACUGUAUAGAAAUUUAAUAAAUAGUAAUUGUGAUGGGAAGAUGAGCUGCUUGUGCGUAAAAUCGUAUUCCCUCAGAGUUUGUUCAAGUCCACAAACCUCUGUCUGUGACGGAGCCCCUCUGACAUGGCUCCUCUAGUCACUAGAAGAUUCCGACAGUGGUUGCUUUCGUAAUCGCUUCCAACAUAAAAGCUCCUUAACGGAAACACGUCUUCUGGACUCUCUGCGUGACAGUUUCCGGCGAGGAGUGGGUGUCCCUACAGGAGGUCCGGAAACCUCACCACUGUUUUCGCUGGAAGUAUCUCUGAGCCAUCCCCCAGCUCCCUUUCCCUCAGUUCAGCUUCUCUCCCCUGCUGGUUUCCUCUUCAGCUGCUGAGUCUCUUCCAACCUGUCUGAGCCCUUUCACCUCCCUCAGUUCAGCUUCUCUCCCUUGCUGGUUCCCUCUUCAGCUGCUGAGUCUCUUCCAACCUGUCUGAGUCCUUUCACCUCCCUUCCUUCCGAUGGCAGUUCCCUGACAUCCACCUCCCUUCCAGGGCCCCCUUCACCCCCUCUCGCCCCCUCCUCUACGGGCGGUGAGGAGGCAAAACCCGGAAUGAACUUCCUUCAUCUUCCGAUGUCUCGAACACUUCUCUCCACCUGUUGCGGUUCCUGGUCUCGAAGCACUCCUCCUCCUCCGAGUCCAUCUCCCUUCCCCUUCCGAUUCUGGGAAUCCUUCCAACUCCUCCUCCUCCUCAGUGGUCCCAAGUAUUCCCUCCGGAACCUCUCCACAGGCUGAGGUUUCCUCGGGAACCUUUGAUGGAACGUUUCUAUCAAUACCUCGUCAUUGAUAUCUUCGGCCAUUACCCACGUGUUUUCUGACUCCGGUUCUCCUUCCCACGCUACCAAAUACUCCACCUGAUUCCCCUUCCACCUGGCAUCAAGGAUUUCUGCCACAUGACUGCUGCAUUCUCUUUCUUCUAUGACCGGUCCCCGAGUGGCCAUCCCUCCUCGUCCCCCCUCGUACGGUGACAGUAACGACCUGUGAAAUACUGGGUGCAGUUUCAUGUGGUUGGGUAACCGGAGCCUGAAAGCCACUGGGUUGACCUGUUGAAUGACCUCAAAGGGACCCAACCUCCUGGGUCUUAAUUUCUUACAACCUCCUUUGAACGGCAACCCUCGUGUUGACAGCCACACCCUAUCUCCAACCCUUAUGGUUUCACCUUCCCUUCGGUUCUUGUCUGCCUGCCUCUUGUAUUCUUCCUUCGCCCUUUCUAAGUUGAGUUGGAGCUGACGGUGGAUUGCUUCCAUUUCUUCUACAAAAUGCUCGGCUGCCGGUACGCUCCAUCUCUCCCCUUCUCCCCUGGGAAAGCCCUGGGAUGACACCCAUAAUUAGCCAAGAAGGGGCUCAUCCCUGUGGACACAUUCUCGGCAUUGUUGUAGGCAAAUUCCGCCAGCGCCAACUUUUCUACCCAGUCAUUCUCUCUGUCAUUGACAUAACACCUCAGGUAUUGCUGGAGGACACCGUUUGCUCUUUCCGCCUGCCCGUUGGUUUCAGGGUGCCGGGCAGUCGAAAAGUUGACCUCCACCUGCAGUAAGCUCAUGAGCUUCCUCCAGAACCUGGAAGUAAAUUGUUUUCCUCGGUCUGAGACCACCCUCAAUGGCACCCCGUGCAACCUAAAAAUGUGUUCUACAAAUAACUUCGCUGUCUCUUCCGCCGUGACUGCAUGCGAGCAAGCUACAAAGUGGCACAUCUUUGUUAGUAGGUCUACCACCACCAUGAUGGCUGUUUUCCCUUUGGACUUCGGCAGAUCAGUCAUAAAAUCUAUCGACACUGCCUCCCAAGGUCGUUCUGGUGUUGGUAAGGGUUCUAAUAGCCCCGCCGGCGCCCGCCUUUCCCCUUUGGCUCGCUGGCACUGCUCGCACCCUCUUACAUACUCACGUACAUCCUCCCUCACCUUAGGCCACCAAAAUUCCCUGGUGACCAACCACAUGGUUUUGUGUUGCCCAAAAUGCCCGCCGUGGGGCUGUCAUGCAACUGCUUGAGUACCCUCCCCCUUAAGUCUCCUUCAGGGAUAUACAGUGCCCCUUUGUAAUACAGAGCUCCAUUUCUUUCCUCGAAACCCCUUGAUUCCUCUCCCUCAUCCCUAAGACCCCUGAGCUUAUUCUGGGCGUAUUCAUCAUUCUCUGUUUCUUCUACCAGUUCUCUUUGUCCCACCAAUGCCGCCCACACACCCAGCGGUCCUCUGGAAUGACAUGUCUCUCUUCGGGUGCUCCCUCCCUCCAAAUAUUCAGGUUUGCGUGAGAGAGCGUCCGCCCUAAUGUUCUCUGGGCCUGGCACGUAACAAAUCUCAAAGUUAAAUUUGGAGAAUUCCUGGGCCCACCUCACUUGCCGUUGGUUGAGCACUCGUGCCGUCCUCCAAUACUCUAGGUUCUUGUGGUCAGUGCACACUUGCACCUUAUGUUGUGCGCCAAUUAGCAGGUGCCUCCAUUUCCGGAACGCCUCAUGAAUGGCUAGUAGUUCUCGGUCAUACACCGUGUAGUUCCUCUCGGAUUUGUUCAGCUUUCGCGAAAAAAGCACACGGUCUCCACUCUGACUCCUCCUUCCCUGGCUGGAGAAGCACCGCCCCAACCGCUCUGUCUGAUGCGUCAGUUUCCACUCUCAUCGGUUUUUGUAAAUCCACAUGCAGGAGCUGUUGUUCCGAGGCGAAGGCCCUUUUAGUUCCUCAAAUGCUUGCUCCGCCUCCUCCGUCCAAACGAACUUCUUCUUACUGCUGAGACAGUCCGUAAUGGGCGCCGUCAGGUGGGCAAAGUUUGGGAUGAACUUACGAUAGAAGUUCCCAAAUCCUAAAAACCUCUGCACAUCCUUCCUUGUUUUGGGUGUUUUCCAUUCCAGUACCGCCUGGACCUUGCCGGGAUCCAUGGCCAACCCCUUGUCAGACAGGCGAUACCCCAGGAAUUCCACCUCCUUGGUAUGAAACUGACACUUCUCCAGUUUCACCCACAGCUGGUUGGCUUGCAGCCUGCUCAACACUUCUCUGACGUCUCUCACAUGCUGCUCCUCAUUCUCAGAAUACACCAACACGUCGUCUAAGAAGGCCACACAAUUCUUGUAAAGCAACGGCCCCAGGACGUGGUUCAUAAACGAUUGAAAUGUUGCGGAGCCUGCUUGUAGACCGAAGGGCAUAACUAAGUAUUCAAAUGCCCCUAAAGGGGUGAACAUGGUGGUUUUCCAUUCAUCCCCCUUCCUUAUUCGUAUCAGGUUGUACGCCCCCCUUAGAUCCAGCUUGGUGAAAAUCUUUCCCUUCCGCACCCUUGUCAAAAUGUCGUCAAUCCUGGGCAUCGGGAAGGCCACUGGUUCUGACACUGCAUUUAAGGCCCUGAAGUCACACACCAGUCUCGGCUUGUUCGAGUUUUUAUUGUCAACAAAAACACUGGGCUGCCCCCACCGCCCUGGACUCUCUGAUGAACCCUCUCUUCAGGUUCUUGUCAAUGAACUCUCUUAGCUCCUGCAUCUCUCUGUCUGACAUGGCGUACAGCUUGCCCACAGGGAGCUGUGCCCCAGGGAGCAAAUUGAUUUGACAGUCAAAGGCUCUAUGCGGUGGUAGUUGGUCAGCUUCCCUUUCGCUGAAGACGUCGCGGAGAUCUGCGUAUUGUCGUGGUACCUUCACGUUCUCCGUUACUUCAGUCCCUGCUAGGGUGGCUUGGGCCCCUGCCAAAACCUUUCCCUCUUUGCAGUGUUCUAAGCAAUGUGCUGACCCAAAAGAAACCACUCUUUGAUGCCAGCCCACCAGCGGAUCAUGUAACGCUAGCCAGCUCAUCCCCAAUAUAAUGGGAGCUCCUCCCAAGGUGGCCACAUUAAAAGCUAUUAGUUCGGUGUGCCUUGCCACCUUCAUUAUCAUUAGGACGGUCUGCAAGCUGACUUCUCCUCCCAACAGCUCCCUGCCAUCGAUCGUGGUUACCUGCAGGGGUUGCUUAAAGGGAGCGUCUGUAUCUGGUGUUCAGCUGCAAACUCUUUGCUCAUGAAAUUGCAGGAGCUGCCUGAGUCCAACAGCGCCUUUAUCUUUAGAGGGUGUCCGUUUGGCAGCUCUAGUGUCACUUCUAUCACUAGGGCGGGUUUAGGAGGUUCUGGCGUGGGCACUUUCACUGCUCUUUGGCCUGGCUGCUGUGCCCCGACAAUGGCAGCCAGGCGUUGGCUAUAACUUGCUCCGGAAUCUUUUCCACUCUACCCUCCACAGCACCCACCAACCCUAGCCAGUCCAGCCUCUGGGGGCAGACUCUGGCAAAGUGCGCUGGCUGUUGGCAGAGAUAGCAUUUCCGGGCGCCUUUUACCUCGUUUUUUCCCCCCUCACUGUGCUUUGAAACUGCGCGCGCGCGCUGUUCCGAUUUCCAUCGGCUCUGCCGGCGGGAAAGUUGGCUCUGGAAUGUCUGGAAUGCGGAACUCCUUCCAACGUUCCCCUUUCCCUUCCCGCCUCUCCAAUGCUCUCGCCUCCUGGCGCGCUCCUAUGGCCAGCGCUGAUUUGGUCAGCUGGUCCAUAGACUCCGCCCUGGGCGCCCGGGAAAGUUCAUCUUUCACAGCCGAAGAAAGCCCUUCUUCAAAGAGCAUUUGAAUGGGUUCCGCCGAUAAGUCCCACCCCAAUCUGUGUAUCAGCAUGGUGAACUCAGUCCAGUACUCACGUACAGAUCAGCUCCCCUGUUUGCAAGCCAUUAACUGUCUGCGCACCACUCCCUUUUCAAUAUCGCUGGAAAACAUCAGAUCCAUGGCGCGAAAGAACUUCAUCGUGUCCUUUAGGACGUCACUAUGCGCUGCCAUCAGGGGUCUAACCCAGUCUCUCGCCCCUUUUCAAGAUGCCCAAUCACAAAAGCCACUCGUGAUUCCUCAUCAGGGAAAUCAUCAAACUGCAGAUUGAGGGCAUAUUGCAUUUCUGUCCGAAAGCUAUGAUAGUCUUUGGGCUCCCCCCCAAAUUUCUGCACCAAUCCUGGUACCUUUCUGGCGAGCUGGGUGGCUUUCUCCCUUUGUCUGCAUCUUGAGCCCUCCUCUCCUCCAGCCUCGCCGUCUGCAGCGCCAGCUGGACCUCCAACACCCGGUACCUUUCUUCCAGGCUUGGACCCGCUCCAGCCCCUGCUUCUCCGGUUCCUGCUGGGUUGCUCAUUAUGCCUUCUCCUGCACAAGCUGCGUUCAAAGACUGUCGGAAUGCUGUGAUGGGAAGAUGAGCUGCUUGUGCGUAAAAUCGUAUUCCCUCAGAGUUUGUUCAAGUCCACAAACCUCUGUCUGUGACGGAGCCCCUCUGACAUGGCUCCUCUAGUCACUAGAAGAUUCCGCUUCCAACCUAAAAGCUCCUUAACGGAAACACGUCUUCUGGACUCUCUGCGUGACAGUUUCCGGCGAGGAGUGGGUGUCCCUACAGGAGGUCCGGAAACCUCACCACUGUUUUCGCUGGAAGUAUCUCUGAGCCAUCCCCCAGCUCCCUUUCCCUCAGUUCAGCUUCUCUCCCCUGCUGGUUUCCUCUUCAGCUGCUGAGUCUCUUCCAACCUGUCUGAGCCCUUUCACCACCCUCAGUUCAGCUUCUCUCCCCUUGCUGGUUCCCUCUUCAGCUGCUGAGUCUCUUCCAACCUGUCUGAGUCCUUUCACCUCCCUUCCUUCCGAUGGCAGUUCCCUGACAGUAAUGAUAAUAAUUUUAUUUGGGUAGGUGUGGAUACACCCACCCCAAAGCCAGGACCACCGACUUCUGUUUUCAAAUAGGCCCACAGCAGGGCAAAGGAGAAUUGGUCUGCAAUUAGCUUUCAUUUUCAGAAUGAAACCAGUUUCUCAAGUAUCACUUUUCAAGGGCAAAGAAUAUGCAACAGAUCUCAGUGACGCAUGGACUCCAUACUGGGGAAAAGCACUCCAUUGAUUCUAAAAUAGAAUGUGUCUACACAGAUUACGUAGAUACAAACUUUGUUUAUUCCUUUUGCAAUGUAUUCAUGUGGUUCACCCUGCUGGGGCCCUUGGGUCACUAAACAGUAUGUAAAUAAACCACACCAUACCAAAAACAUACCAGACCUUUGCCCCUUCUGCAUCUGACCAGGCUCUUGCUGGACAAAGAGACAAACCACACCGAAGUGCUAGAGGAAGUGUAUGA